AUGGAGACCGCCAAGAGCAGGAGGAGCCCGACCCUGUAAGUGUCCGUAGAGAUGCCCCGAACUGCUUCCCUCCUUCUCUCCCCUCAGCGGCCGGCGCACGUCUCGCCCGAGUCCCGGCUUCCCUCCUUUUGUUUUCCCGACGGGCAUCUUCUUCCAUCCACACGGUGGGCAGCGGGGAACAAAGACACUUGGCAAGGCGGGGAAGCGUCGAACUUUUUCAGCUUGGGGGCGAGGAGUGCAUGGAGUAUCUAUCUAUCUAUCUAUCUAUCUAUAUCUUCCCUUUCCCAAAGCAGCUGGACAUUUCUAUAUGGAUGGUGGUGAGUGAGCUGAGGGAAGCAUUAAAAAACACACCACACACUUCAAUUAGAAAAGUGAAAGGAGGACCAGCUGGUUCUGUAUAAGGUUGCUCCUUUAAUCUAGCCAAAAAAUGUGCCCCUCUGUUUCUGUGUGGCCAAAUGAGCAGAGCAUCAGGAGGCUUAAGUCAAGGGCUCACUUUCGUUUUCACUAAUAAAUAUGGAACCGACAAGUAAGGCUUUAAUAUAGUUAGAUCCUGCUCAUGAUUCUGCACUAGGUGUCCAGGGGGCCGGCAGUCCAAAGUUUAGGCGUUGACCUUUACGGCUAGUAAAAGAGUAGCCGACUUUUGCAGGAAAAUAUUGGGUGGGUGGAGUCAAAGUGCUUCCCUCCCCAAACAGGUAUUGACCAUGGGCAGCGCAUGACAGUGGUUUUCCACCAUGAACAACAUUUCAGUAUGUCAGCGGAACCAACAAGGUGGCACCAAUCUGUCCCCCAGUGGUUUCCUUAGUGGAGAGCAUGGGGGAAAGAAGUCAUGGAAGUUCCCCCUUGUCUUCUAGUGCAAUCCCAGGGCAUAGUUGUGAAGUCAGAUUUGGUGGGGCAGGGGGUGGGUGGGAGCAACAUUGGCAAGCUGUCUCAGAGCCCAAAUCCUUCCCCCAAGGAACACAGGGAGAAAUUGCUCCCUGCCACCACACAAAUUGUGCAGGGUCCCCAAAACUUCUUACAAAUAAAUACUGUGAGCUAAUUUUUCUACCACCCUGUUGUUGUUGUUGUUUUAAAAAAUGCUUGCUGCUGCUGCUUGCUGCAUUCAGAAGCAGAUUUGUUGUAGGACCACAUAAUUUUUGCAAAGGGAAUUUGUAGUACAGUAAAAUGAAUUACAAAAAAUAUAGACAAACCCUUUCCGAAUUACACAGAAGUAAGAUACUGAGGAGAAACAUCCAUCCUUGCAUGUUCUUUACCCCUCCCUCUCUUAAGGGUGGAUCUACACACCUUGGCUGUGUUCAGGCAUAACAUUAAACCAUAGUUUGGUAUUACAAGAAUGAACCAAAGCUUCCUACUGCUUCCUUGCAGCUGUUCCGGAAGUGUGAGCCCAAGGCUCCCUGUAGCUCAUGUUAGUAAUGUUAGUCCACUGUUUAGCAUUAUAUCUUGAGUUUUAGUGGUGUUUCUGCAAUUGUCUGUAAUAUGAAUGUGAGACCUGCAUUGAUGAGAAUAUAGAUUUGAUUUCUGUGGUUCUGUCUCACUAUUAAUAUUCUUAACAGGCGGCACACAUAGCACCAGAAAGGCAUGAUAUUGUGCUGUGUAGAAAUGGUCAGUGCUUUUUUUCAGAGGGUACUCAAGGGUACACAGUACCAACACCUUAUUUAUUCAAAUGUUAAAAGUAUGGCACUUACUGUAACAACUUCAUGGCGAGUACUGGCACCUUUUUUCCAAAAAAAGAAAAAGCACUGGGUCUAACACCAUCUGACCUUUUUGUGAGAUGCUAAAAGAGGCUAAGUAUUUUUAGGAAGACUGAUAGUCAUGCUUGCCAGGAGCCUGGUUUCAGAUUUGUGGUCACCUGUAUGCAGCAUGGAAAAUCUGACCAUUAGCUCAUUAUGAAGGGCAGAAUGAGCAUUAAGUAUGUUUAACGAAACUCUUGCACUUAUAAAAUGUGUGUUGCAGAUAUGUGCAUAGUAUUGCUGCUGAUUCCCCAGUGUAAUAUAUUGCAGAAACCUGCCUCAAUAAAUAGAUCACCAAUCAGAGCUUUAUAGGAUGAUAAUACAUUUGACCCUGCUGUUUUCUCCAAAAGGAAGUUCAAAGAUCCUAGCACAACAGGCAAACAACAUGAAACACCAUCUAACAAUAAAAUGCUACAAGAAACUUGAAACAGACCUUCAGUUCAGUAUUUCAGAAAAUAACAGUUCAACUAAAUAUCAGUGCAAAACUCAUGAAUACAGCAACCUUUGUUUUAGCAAAAAAUGCUCAUUUAUUUUUUACUCUAGCAGCCAAUAUAAUAAACGAUUCAGAUAUACCCACCCUAGAACCAUCAGAAACCAAUAGAAGAAUGAGUCACAACUAAUUAAUACAAUAAUAGUACAGGAUAAAAAGAGUCACCAUAUCCCAGAGCCCGCUCUUGUCAAACCUACUCUCCCAUCACAGGUUAAUUCAGAGGCAGAAAAGGGGAGACUGUCCAUACUACUCAAGUCAAACUGACAGACCCUUGUCUCUCCUGUGUUUGUGACUAUAAACUCCAGCCUAGGGCAUGAUUACAAGGCCCCAGUUACACACUUCCUCCAGAAUAGUGAGCAGGAAGUCUCAACCACUUGUCAGGCUUGAUGUUUCAAGCAGGUCUGUUUGAGUCAGCUGUUCUCUUCAGGUACAUUAAAAAGUCAGGGCAGAUGACAGUCCCUUACCCCAAUGUGCUGCUUGUGGCUUUAUAGCUGGAGCAUGUUCACAACGACUUAUGAUACACUUCCUCCAGGGCAGGAACUUUCCAAGAUUCAUAGCAUUCAGUACAAUGUAAUGGGUAUAAUUUACUGAAGACAAUCCCUUUAUUCAGACCUAGUCAAUUUUAUUUUUUGACCCUACGCAAUUAAUGUCCAGGGACAAUUGAAGUGACUUAGGGGUCUACAGUCUGACUGCAAUGUAAUUUCUUUCAGCCUCUUCCCUUUAUUGUCAGACAGAGGGAGCUUGUGGUUAGUUUGGGUCCCUGUACUGUGUGAUUAAGGGUUUGUUUGUUUGUAUGUUAUGUUUUAGCAGUUCAUGGUUAGAUGUCGCCUGGUGUUUUUUGUGCAGUGUGAUUAAUGUACUGCAACAAAUAUCACAGUGCUGUAAGACAUUUUCAUAUAUGCAAAACGUGAGCACUUACAGAGAAACCACAGGGUUUCUCUGAAGGUAAUAAUGGAUGUAGUUGGUGCAGAGAUUUCCUACUGAUCUUAUUUCUGAAGAUGUGAGGACAGAAACUCCAUGUGAGGCAGUGUUUGCAGGACAGCAUAUUCAUUCGAUUUUUACCUCAUCUUUCUCUGCCAGUGGUAACUCAGAGUGGCUAACAGCAUCAAAAGAAAACUAAAAUUAAUGCAAAACUCAUUUAGAAAGUGGUUGGGUCUUGCUGGGUUAGUUCUUUUGGCUGUUAGCACUUGACUGAUAAACCGUCAGAAAGGGACUGUUGGAGGAACUCCUCCCUCCCCGGAAGUGAGCUUAUAAAAGCCUCAAUAGCUGAUGAAGUGGAUUGCAAUUAUAUGAUGUGAGUAAAUAUCUGAUGAGGCGGGUGGUGGUCCAUGAAAUCUUAUGCCACGAAACAUUUUUUAGUCUUUAAGGUGCCACGAGACACUGUGCUUUUCCUGCAACAUGGCUACUUCUCUGGAAAUCAGUAACUGAGAUGGUUCUAAGGUGGAUCGUCUCCAUUGGCCUGUGAAUCAGAAAAUGCUUUGCCUAGUUUUUGCUGCCUUUUCCCAGCUGCUGAGGCUGAAAUGGGAUGGGGAACCUAAACUGGAAUUGUCUUUGGACUGCCAACUGGAACUUUGGAUGAGUGAAAUGUAAUUUCCUCCUUCCCACUUUGCCUGGGCGUCAUAACAUGAUGAGAACAUGAAGGUGGGCAGCGCUAAUGUGCAGCAUUGCUCAUGGCAGCAAAUAACCAAUUUAGUGGGGAUUUUCAGUGGGAAAAUGGUAAAAGGCAAAGGAUUAAUUCCCACUUUAACCACACUGUGGCCCUGAUUGCUUAGGAUCCUGUGCAGCUGAUUUUGGCUGAAAAUAAAAGGGGGGAAAUGACAACACCGUGGCAAUCCACAGUAUUCAAAGAUGUGUUUAAAGGAGCAUGCAGUUUGACCCCUAGCUAACAAGCUGUAAAAAGUAGCACAUCACCAGUUCUAGAUGAUAUUCGUCUGACAGUUCUUUAGGGCAGUGGUUCCCAGUUACCUAAGUACUGUUGACCCCCUGUUUUUUAAAAGCCAAGCCAUGAAUCCCCUACUUUUGAAAGUGUUGAUAUAUCUGUGGUAGUGUUUGGUAUGUGAAUGGUGCCACCAUACCCUCCAACGUGUCCCAGUGCAAAACUGGGCUGUGUGUCUUCCGGGCCACACUCCAAUGCAAGUCCCGUGACCUGUGCAAGAGCACGGCACCCAGAAACCUGCAUUUUGGGGCUCCACAAUCUCACGCAAGCCACACAUCUGGCCAUGAUCUUGCACGUUUUUGGCCACUGUGCUCUCGCAAAAUGGAAUGUCCCAGACAGUUGACGGGUAAGUGCCAUGGACCCUCUGUCCUAAUUGUAACAGUCUUAGGCCUCUACAGAUAUGUAUAUAUUUAAAAACCUAAAUGGAUGUUCGUCUUGGCAGAACAUUCUUCAAAAUGUGGGGUGGCCCUACAUUUUUAAAAGUUCAGAAACAAACAUCCAUUAUUACUUUAGAGUGCUUCUCCAAAAAGGAAACAGAUUUUGCCCCACUCUGCAACAGUGUUCCCAAGUAGUGUGCUUUACAUAUGUUCCACAGAAGUGAAUGGCAGCCAUUCAUUUGGAGAGAAGGUGAAGCACUGUAUCUAAGUUCACUAUAGAGCUCAAGGCUGAAUUUGGUCAUGCUAGGUCAUGGCUGGGGCAGGACCCUAUCUGAACUCCUGGAGAGCUUCUGCCUAUCACUGUGGACAGUAAUGAGCUAGAUGGACCAGUCUGAUGCAGUGUAAAGGCAGCUUCCUGUUCUCUGGAUGCAUGUGCUACCCUAAUGGCCAUGCACAUUCUACUCCAUUUUGAACAUAAUGAGAACUGUUAAGAAUAGGUCCCCUGUCUAUUUGCAUAGUUUCACCUUGGUUCUCUGGCUAUUUCAGAGUAUGAAAAAGGAGAAGGAACCCAUAAACUGUUUUUUCUGUAUAUCAUUACUUUUUAAAAAUAAAAAAUGUAACACAACUAUGAAGGAAAAGUAUAUUGUACCAGAAAUGGUACGGGCAUUAGCUUUAUCAAGUUAUUAAGAUAGCUGUGGAUUUUUGCACUGUUUUACUAGGCUAUUUAAAGGUUUGUGCUAAGGAGCAGGAGGGUGAAUUAAUUUUUGUAAACCAGCCUGGGAAUGCACUUGUAUGAUGGUAUAAAAAUACAUAAAAUAAAUCUUCUUUAAAAAAUGAUAAGGUGUAAGCUGAUGCAAAAUUACUGAUAGCUAAGGAGUCAAAGCAGAAAUUGGCAUCAUCAGUUGAGUCACGAAGGUUUGGGAUAUAGUUAAUUUACAAUGCCUUUCUAAGUUUUAUGGGGAGAUGCAUCCGAUCCAUGUGACAGAAAUGAUCAAAUCUCUAUGAAAUGUAUCAAAAUAAUGGGUGUAUUCCAAAAUAACCUGGAACACUUGUUUUGAACCCCACAGAAUGGGGAGGGGAGGAAGCAUCUUGUGGGUACGGAAACGGGAGGGUUGAAGCUGCUGGCAGGAAAAAGGUUCAAGCACUUCCUCACUCUUCCAGAUACCCAUCUCUCAAAAUGCCUUUCUCUUGCUGAGCAACUAGCUUCCAAAGUGGCUGUAGAAGUCUUAUGGGUUUCAGGAGCUGCUUGUUUAGUCCUUGCAAAAAGUGGUUGUGGGGGACACCAGAGAAGUCCUAGUGUCCAGAACUUAGACGGAGGACCAGAGCUUGUUACUUUAUGGAUGUUCUCAAGCUGUCUUUUUGUUUGUUUGCAAUAAAAAUAAGCAUGCAGUUCCCCAAAAUUCUGCAGUCUUGUAUUUAUAAAAUGUGCCACAGAAGCUGGACAUUUAUUUGAAUUUUUUUCCAUAUAGUGGGAUGUAUUUUUUUGCUUCCUUGUUUUAUUUGGAUGAAUUGAAUUGACGGUGCAAGGUGUGGUUGUUAGUUUGUUUGCUGUUUCUAACGUAUGCUUUAAAAAAAAGUAAUGGAUAAAAUGUCUUCACAAUAAUGAAGAGGUCUGUGUGCUGUGAGAGCCACAUGUGGCUCUUAGAAUACAUGGAGCAAUGAGUACAUUUGUAGAAGGGAAUGUCUUCUACAAAACAGGGAACCUUAUUUGAUGCAUUUUCUAGGUGGGAGGGGAAUGUUUGAAUAGCCCGAUUCCUGUGAGCUUAAUAGUCAAGCGUCUUCUUUUCCAACCUGCUGUAGAGACUGUUGUUAAAUUUCUCACUUAAGUGUUGGUGCUCUCACAUGUAAUUCUUCUAUUUUUUUCCCCUUUAGGAAAGCUUCACAAGGAUGCAGCAUUGAUCCAAAGGCAGCUGUUGAGCUGGAGGAGAUUUGUUGCUCCCAUUCAGAUCUUGCCAGAACUGCUGAGUUCAACAUAACAAUGUCUUUGGGUCACUUAGCCAAGGGAGCCAGCCUAGAUGACCUUAUUGACACUUGUAUUCAUUCUUUUGGUGAGUUGAGUGAUCUGUCUUUAACUAUUUUCAGACUGUAUCUCUGUAGCAUUUUGGGUCCUUCGUUUUGCAGUGUGUUAGAUAUAAUCAGGUGCAAGUACAUUCAUCACUGCUUUUACACUUGAGUCUCUGCAUAUGCUGUUAUGUGAGUAUCACUCUGUGUGUGUCCAGAAUGUUUAUCAGUGUUAAGUGCUGUCCUUGCAGAAAGAACAAGUGUGGCAGUUAUAAUCUUUGUGGAAUUAUUAAAUCCCCUCCCCCUGUCCACACUUCUGAAUAAAUAUUAGACACAUGGAAAUGCAUGUAGACUGUUGCAGAACUCAGUUGCAAUGUUAAAAUCUGGGUAUUGUUUCAUGCUAUCUUUUAGGAAAACUUGCAUCUUAGCUAAAUGAAUGGUUGCAGGGGGGGAUACUGUUGUUUAGCACCAAAGGGAAAUAAUAGCUUUCUUAUAAAAGAGAAUGAUAUGAAGUAAAAAAGCUCAGUGGUAUAGCUUUUACUUAGCUUAUGAAUUAUUCACUCCCCCCUUUUGCUGACAGAAUACCUUUGAACAAAUUUAGCAUCAUGCAACUGAAUCUUAUGGCUUUUACUCAGAAGUAAGUCUUAUUGAGUUCAGUGGGGCUUACUCCCAAGUAACUGUACCUAGGACUGCAGUCUUAGAUGCUUAAAAUUUUACUCUUUUUCACCGGCUUCUUUCUUAGCUUUGUUGUCAUUUAUGUUCAUAAAAUACACGUGAACAAAAGCCAUUAAAUGAUAAAUGUUAGAAUUCUGAUAAGGUUUUUUUGAGGGGGUGGGGACAUUUCCAACACUAUUGUUUAUAUUUGUAGUUCUGAUGUUUUUUACGCUGUGCUUUGAAUAAUUUGUACCAAGCAGUUCAUUCAUGCCGCAUGAAUUGGCAUAGAUUGUGAUUUAGUGUUAUCAACAUACAGUUGAAGGUGUGCAUUAUUCCAGCUGUAGGUAAAUAAAAUGUGUUUUGUCUCUAUAUGUAGGAGGGAAGGAAUAAAUGAUGCACUGCUUAUCAAGUGCAAAUGACUGGCCAAGCCAUCUGAAUUUUUGUUCAUAUGCAUGUGCCAUAAUACACAUUGAUAGCUUUCUUUCCAGUAAAUGAUUUAGAGAAGCUGAAUAGGCUUAGCACUUAGCACUCUACCUUCCUGAAUCAUGCUCCAAACAAUGACUAAUCCUCUCAGCACUUCUAGAGGAAAGUCAUGCACAUUAUUUAGUUUCGACAAAGCAUUUACAAAGCAAAAUGCAUAUUGGGUGAAGAACUCAUGCUAUGGAACCUACAGUAAUCAUUUUUUGCACCCUGUUCUUGGUUUCCAUAGUAUCAUGUGUAGUUCCUUGUAAUGCAUAUGCUUGAUUCCUCUGGGUUCCAGUGUUUUGGGGCCUGGGGACACAUUUGGAAAUCUAAAAAUCACGAAAUUUCCAUUUCACAGAAGAAAAACCAGAGAUGUUUAGACACCUCCACGCACAACAGGCAAAACACCCACAACCUCCAAAACAAAACAAAACAAAAAACCACAGGCAAUUAUCCUUCUUCAAAAAACCUCCCAAUAAAACCAAGGCAAGCCACACACCUCUGGAAAAAACAAUAACAGAAAAAAACUUCUGGGAGAACCACCUCCAACCAAAAAUCAGGAAAACCUCCCCCAACAGCCAAAGAAAUAAAGUGGACAGAACAGCCACAUGGGACCCAGAGGCAAUCUGGGAAAAGGGAGAUGUGAGGGUGUGGGGGCUGGAUGCCACACUUAGCAGCACAGCAUUACCCAAGGGAUUAAAACACACACACACUUAAUAAUUAAGAAAUGGAAGGUUUAGGGACUCUGUGUUGGGGACCUUAGCUUUAUCCACUAAAAACUCAUGCUUUCACAGUUACCUAAGCGAAUGUACUAUUACUCCUAUUUUUAAAAAAUAAAAUCAAUUAGAAGAACUAAACUGUUGGUCCACAAUAACACAGUCUGUUCACCUCUUUCUUGAAAGCAUGUUAAAUGUAUCAAAUGCAAACUAUCAUUUAGGGUUUUGCCUUAAGGUAUGUUCACAAUACCACUUACUACAUCCGGUGUGCUUCCAUCCGCUAAUUUUUGAAGCCACAUUCACAAGACGUUAGCCACAACCCAUAGCAAACCUGCAGCUUAUUGAUAAAUAUUGCUUCUCGGUGCAUUGUUUCUGAAACCAGCUUCAGUGUGUAUGGAAACUGGAUGCUGCGUAACCGGUAAUGUGAACAUACCCUUAACAGUUGUUGCGCUGGUGCGGUAGAGCACAUAAACACUUAAUGAAAGGAAUUACGGGGCAAGGAAACAAGAAGGCCAUGUGUAUCAGGUGAAGACAUCUCUGCCCCUCUCUGAUGCGAACAACUCUGUGCAAAUGUGACUUGAAACUUGUGUUUCAAGCUGCUAAUGUGAACAUGGAAGUAGGUAGGUUAUAUUAAGUUCAGUAUAACUUUUCUCUAGGCAAAUAUGCUAGCAAUUUCAGCCUAAGUUGUAUUUCUGUGCAUUUAGGUUUGAGUAAAAGUGAAUAAAAAUGGGCUGUGGAACGGAACUGCUUUAAAUAUGUUCUAGUAAUGCUCUGAGGGAAACAGCAAGCAGGGAUUACAAAUUCUUUGUACUAAGGCUAUUAAAACUUGAUGCAUUUUCAUUUAUUUUUGCUGUCAGGUGUCUGUGGGUAUCUUGCCUAAAUUAUAGUCAUAUGCAGACAUAACCUUUUCCAAGGUUCAACUUAGUUUGAGUAUUGAGGACUGGACUACAGAAAACCAAAAUUUCUUAAUUGAAAUAACAAUUAAGAACACUGUCUGUUCCAUAGAUAGUGAAAGAUUUAAUGCUAUUUAAAACUGAUUUAAUGCUAUUUUAAGAAUGUGCAUUGUGUUAAGUCUCUUGGGACUUUCUAGCACUUUUGAAACAUCAUGAAUUGAAGGUGGUACAGCCAGAUAAGCAGCUUUAAGGAAGUUUCUGGUUUAUUUUUGGAAGGUAUAAACAUUGCAUUGGAGAUAGCGAUAGGGGAGAAAUUCAAUCCAGUUUGCAUUUAAACAUGAACUUUUAAAAUCUGCACUUUUUGAAACAACAUGCAAACCAAAACACAUUUCUUUGAAUUUUGCAAUUCAGUUCAUCAGUCAAGUAAUGUGUACAAAGAAAGCACAUACUAUGGUAAAGCAUAUAUAAAUUCAUAUAUUAGUGAAAACAACAUUAAAAUACAUUAUAUUUGGGGACAUUGCUUUGCAAAAAUGUGCAUAUUUGGAACAAUUGCAUGCAAUUAUUAAGGAAAAUUUUGGAUAAAUUUGCACUGAAAUGUUGUUGGAUUUUCAUGAGGACUUAAAAAAAAAAGUUGCAAGCCUAUGUGGAAAUGUGGAGAACUGGGGGAAAAAAAAGAUAAACUGAAAUUGACAUAUUCACCCAACCCUAGUUGGAGAUCAGCAGAAGUGAAGGGAAUAAAGAUUCUGCUCUCCUGCCUCAAAUAGAAGAAGUGAUACGUCUUAAGUUAAUAAAAGCAGUAGUCAGUGUAGUUGCUCUGUUGGUGUCAGUAACUUGCAAUUAUUGCAGUUCAGACCCUUAACUCUUAAAAUACACAAAGGUUUUGAUUUCAAAAAUCUGUAAUUGCAUUUCAUUUUCUAAUAGAAAUCUUUGCUGAUUUUCCACAAAUUAUAAAGAUAACAAUAUUUCAUUUUGUUAAAGUAUAAAAAGGUUUGAACUGUGGUCGGGAGGGCAAAUGCUUAGGAUUUCCUGUUGAAAUACAAACUCAUUGUCGUUUAGACCAAAACUUGGCCGCCUUAUAGAUGCAAACCCUAUAAGGUAGAUAGAUAUUGCUUUGUGGAAAUCUUGUCUUGGCACUUAAAAUGAGUCCCGAGCUUACGCUUCCUGACAGUAAUUCUGUCUAGGGUUUUUGUUUUUUGUCAGGGGCAGAAUUCUUGGACUCCCCCCCCCCCCCCAGUAUUGCAUUUGCUCUCUAAAUCUGAAAAUAGUACAAAUGUGAUUUGUGAAGACAAUUGUGUUAAAUUGUAACUAUUGUGUUGGGAUUGAGCUGGGAGACUAACAUGUAGACCAUGAUGAAAACACAGGAGUCUCAGAUUUUCAUUUUAAAUGGAGAAAUUGCUUGUCUCUCAUAACAUAAAAACUAAAAAAACAGUAGGUUACUGUUACAUGUUUUUAAAUGGCUCAGUAAUGAGGUUUGCUUCUCUUAGCAGGGCAUUGUCCUUCAGGUCUCCAUGGCAAUACCUAUUUGGCAUUGCUGCUCUACAGUUUUUGUAGCUAGGGAAAGGUUGCUGGGUCUUUCAGCAACACCCAUGUAAUUGAAGUAGAGCAAGGACUUGGCAGAAGGCAAACCAGCUAUGCUCCCUACAAGGUUAACCUUAGUUAAUGUGGCAGGUGGUAGAAGGGUCUGGAUGUCUCUGCGUAGGGUGGUCUUUGUGUAAGGUGGGUCAUGGACGACAAAGACACCUGUGUGUGAAUAUACCACAGACAGGUAUAUUUUGUCGUCCAAAGUACAAUUGCCUUUCUAGCUAGUUUCUUGUUUCUUGUUUAAAUAAUUUGUUAUUGUUGGGCAUAGUGUUUUAAAUAAUGUGCUCCUUGAAUUCUUUUGUUUGCAUUCCUUAUUGUCUUCUUGCACUGCUUUUGCCAAAGGUUGCAUUCCUUUUUGUUCUCAUUUGGACAAGACAUACAUUUUCUGAAGGAAAAUGUCCCUAAUAGCUUCCCUGACUCUAGUCAUUAACCAUGCUGGCAUUCUCUUGGUCUUGUUGGCACCUUUCCUAAUCUGUGUUAUUGUUGUAAUUUUGAAUAACCAACAAGCAUUCUGGAGAGAUUUGAUUUCCCCUUUCAACUUCCUUUUUACCAAUCCCACAUUUUUAGGUGCGUUCAUGUUGAAUUUUCUUAACAGUUGUCUCUGCUUGCAUGUAUGUUGAAUUUUGGGGAGGUGACUAUAGUGCUAGCAAUCAGUUCAGCAACGUUACAUGUUGCACCAGGUCCUCAGCACCACUUAAGAUUAAGCCCAGCACAACCUUUUUUGUUGUGGCUGGGCCAUGCAUGUACCCUGUCUGUAUGAGGAUAAUUGAAGUCACUCAUUACUACUACAUCAUUUUGCCCUGUGAAUACCUGUGGAGUUCAUUCUGCAUCUCAAGAUGAGCAUUUUGGCCAGGCAUGUGGCAGUACAUUCCCAGUACUAAAUUACUCAUGGGACCCAUUAGUGCCAUAGUGCCAUCCCCAAUGAUUCUGUGGAGGUGUAUUCCCUUUUUGAGAUUGUUGAACUCUGUGCCCUCUUUGAUGUAAAAAAAGACACCACAUCCAGUGUGCUCCUUCCCUGACCUUUCAGUAGAGUUGGAUUCAGAGAUAACAAUACCUUAUCAUUAAUGUCCGUUCCACAAAGUUUCCAUUGUGCACACUAUAUUUGAUCUGAGCUUUAAAACCAACCACUCCAGCUUGCCCACUGUUUCUCAGCGGCUUCUAGCAUAUAAGCAUCUGUGCAUAGUAUCUCUUUCCAAAUGUCCCUGGCAUGGGUGUUCUACCUUACGCCACUUUAGCCUCUUUGAAUUGCUAUCAUUCUUUUUGUUAAAAUAAUUUGUAUACCGCCUUUCAUUUCAGGAAGAAAUACUAAGGCAGUUUGCAUCCUCCUGCACUGUCAUUGCUUAGUUGUACCCUUCUCCCAUGUGGAAAAGCAUAAACAUUUUCAUUCACGUCCCUGAGAGAUGAUUGAUCCCAUACUGAAUAUUCCCCAUCUCCUCACAUCAGCUUUCCCUUAACAAUCAAUUUAUAAGCUUGCUCUGCCACCUCCCCACCCCCACCCCCCAUUUUAAAUGCCAACAGUGAGGCCCUGUCCCAUUUCUACAGGCCCUGCUUUCCUUGGUGUCUAAUAAAUCCAAACCCAACCUCCCAAUGCCACCAUCUUAUCCACGCAUUGAGACUUCUCACCCUUGCCUGCCUAGAUGGCCCCACUCAUGUAAAGGUUAGCAUUUCAAGGAAAUUAUCUUGAACCUAUCAACACUAUCCUUCUACCUGAAUUUUGCUUCCAGGGCUGCAUGUCUACGUUUUCCCGUGUCACUCGAGCCAGUGUGCACCAUGACCACAGGACUCCUCCUCAGUCCUGUCUUCUAGGAUAGCUAGAUGAUAUGCAACAUCUGCAACCUUUACACCAAUGAAGCAAGUCACUAUCUGGUUUGUAGGCCUGUCAUAAACUCCUUGGCAUGGGAGGACAUCUGUUCUCCGCUCUCCCCCCAAUAGGUUCCUUCUAAGGCAUCGUUUCCUUCUUCCUUAGAGUGAUGCCCUUUCCCCAAAGACUCUCAUUUUCUUUCACCCUGGGAGCGGUGACACCUCUGCCAUGCCCCUGAUAGUUCCCUGAACAGGAACUAUCACCCUGGGAGUGGUGACACCUCUGCCAUGCCCCUGAACACUUGGUCUACCAACUGGUCUGAAUUUCUCCAGGCCAGCCAAACAUGUUCCCUGAGGGUCAAGAGCUGAUUGCACCAAGCACAGGGCACAUAAAUGUACCUGUGACAUUCUGCACACAGAACGCUGGAAAGCCCCCUCACCUCUGCUGGUUCUCUCCCUGCAUGUUUUUUGUAGGUUUCUUGAGUUACUUUAUUUGGAUGCUUGGGAUUUGUUAGGUUGAAGAGAGAAGGGACAGACUAGACUCCUCAGCCUGUUGCCAAACUGACAACUCUCUGACUCACUUGUUCCCUUGACACUUUGUGACUGGGGUCAAGAGACUUCAUCAGCAAGGGUUCCCCUCUUAAAUUCAGAAUCACUGUCUCUUGCUGCAUUUAGAUUUUCAAGAUAUAUUCAUAACUGGCAGGUCUUUUUAAAACAGUACUGCAUGUUUCAACCAUCAUUCCUCUGCCAAAAAAAGUAAUUUUGAAUUCUUGACCUAGGCCUUUAUUUUGUGGGUAGAACUGCAGGGUUUCUUGUCAGGCUGGGUCUAUACUUGCUCCCUGUGAUUUCAGAGACUUGAAAUACAGUAUCAGCAUGGUUUAUUUCUCACUUCAAAAUGCAUCUUAAAUAAUUUAAUACACUUUUUUUUAAAAGCAAACAAACCAAAAAUCCCCAGUCUUUGGUCUUUUAUCUUUAAGGAUAAACAAGACCAUUAUACCUUUUGUCAUAGUACUUCAGAUUACCUAAUAAACUGCUAUAGUUUUAACUAUUCAACAUGGAAAUACAGGAAUAUAAUUAAUUAAAAGUAUUUGCAAGAGUGAAAAUGUAUCAGUUUCCCAAUAAACAGCUUCAAUUUAAUUUCAUUCAUACAGACCCUUAACAAAUUGCAAAAAUAAGUCAACGUAGUUUGUGUUAUAUAACUUUGGACUUAAUAUAGGAACAAAUUAUUUACCUUUUGCUUCUUUUAUCUUUCAAUAGAUAUCAUAUCUGUCUUCUAAAUAUGUACGUAUAUUAAAGCAUCUUUGCCCUGAACUGUACAUCUUGGAUUUUAUUCCCCCCAAAUGUUCGCAUGUUGAGAUUUACUGUUUUGUAUUAAAAUGAGAUUAAUCUUUGUGCCAUUAACUCAUCCUAGUGUAAUUGUGGCAUAAAAGCUUUUAUGUUGCUUGGCAACUGAAAUGAAGUUAAUAGGGAAGUAAUCACAUUACAGGAACAGAAGACUUGUUUAGAACCCUUUAGAAUGCUAAUUUGCUAACUAGAGCUGAUUGUGUUUAACUAAUGUAAAACAGCUAUCUAUAAAUAUGAACGUUCAGCCGUAAUUGUUUUAAAAACAGUGUAAAAUGGUGAGCAACUUCAUUGGCAAUGAGCUGUAACUGCUAACAUUUACCAAAGAAUUAAUAUCAUAUAGUCAAUGAAAACUGCUGGGGUAAAAAUUGUGAUUUCCAGUGUUUUGAAUUUUUUGGAUAGAAAAUAUUUUCUGCUGUAUGAAGUAUAUUUGUCAGUUUAUUGUUCAGAUAAAUAUAGUCAAACAGCUCUUCCAUACCACAAACAUAAUGUGAUGAAGCAAACCACCAAAAAUAUCAAAAAGGAGGGGGAAGGAGACAAAAUAGCAAUCUCUUCCCCCCUCCCAAACAUGCUGCUCCAAAUUUAUUUUAUUUAUUUUAAAAAUUUGUUUACUACUCUGAAGAUCAAAGGGCAGUUCACAACAUAAAAAUACAGAAUGAGAACACAAAAUACAUAAUAAAACAAAAACAAACCAAUACCCCCCCCAAAAAACCCACGUUUAAAAGACCAUAGAAUGGUCAUUUAGCCAAAGUCCUGGUUAUAGAGAAAUGUUUUUGCCUGCUACCUAAAGAUAUGUAAUGAAGGUGUCCUAGGGAGAGAAUUCUAUAAAUGGGGAGCCACCACAGGAAAGGCUCGUUCUCAUGUUACCACUCUCUGGGCCUCUUAUGGAAGGGGCACAUGAAGGAGGACCUCUGGCCUUGGCCUUUAAUGCCGUAAUUCUUGGGACCAGGAUACUUCAGCAACUGUGGCUUCCAGUAUGAACCUGCCUAAGAUUUGUGUUUGGUAUCUGAGGCUAUCCUUCUUGUCUCUUUGCUGAUGGAAUUAUGGUUUGCGGCUGGAGGGGUCUUUUCAGUUGUGGCAACUAAACUGUAGAACAAUCUUCCAAGGGAAGCUCGUCCAUCUGCUCCCUUCUUACCAGUUUUAGGGAGACACUUUGUUGUUGUUGCUUGCAGAUGAGUUAUGCCUCUUCUUCUGCUAUGUGUUUGUGUUUUUAUGGUUAUGACUAUAUUUUUAUUUGUCUUAUGGUGUAUUUACUUUGUUUUGUAAACCUCCUUGAGUGUGCUUGUUAUAGGAAGGUGGAGGGAAAGGGCUAAUAAAAGGCUAAUAAAAGACUAAUAAAAAUGAAGUUAUAAUUAUAGUUGUACCACUCUUUAAACAACUGCCCACAUUAACACACGAUGGUGUUCAUUAUUAAAUCUAAGCAGGUCUUGACCUGGUCAGUGACAGGAUGGAAGACAUCCUUGGAACUUUUUAAUAGAAGGGCAGGCUAAAAGUGUAAUCAGCACCAUUUAAAAUGUAUAACUAAUGCUAUUUCAGAAACUUCUUGGGGAGUAAAAAUGCGGUUUUUGAUGUAGUGGACUAUGUAGUUUCUGACAUAGUGGACUAUGGAUCUUGCCACAGAAUAACUGCAUUUCAAAGGGGAGAAAAUCUGCUGCAAAGCAUUGUUUGGAGAUGUAACAGUUCACUGUCUUUUUAUGCUUCUGUUUUAAUUUUAUUUUUACAUACUGCUACAGCUUUUUAGUUGAAUAGCAAGAUAUGUCUUAUAGGGUUACCAUAUUUCAGAAAGUGAACAUCUGGAAAGAAAAGUUAUUGAGCUUUUUUUAACAAAAUUGAAAGGAAAUUGGACAUUUUUGAGGGAAAUCUGAAAAAACAACACUGCUGACAUCAGUUGCCAUAUGUCCGGAUUUUCCUGGACAUUUAGCCGGUUUCUGCCCUGACACUGCUUUCGGCUGCAGUAUUCCAGGUAUGUCUGGAAAAUUCCAGAUGUAUGGCAACCCUAUGUCUUACUAAACCUGCAGACCCUAAGCAUGCUCAACUUGAAAUUAAGUUAUGUGGAAACCAUCAGAGCAUCUAAUCAGAGCAACAAGGUUAGGAUAGGUUGGGUCAUAUCUCUUGAUUUCUGCUGUCCCUGAAAUCUGAAGUGUGCUCAUGUUUCUUGUUUCAGUACUAGUUAUAACAGGGAUGGAGAAUGUGUGGCCUUCCAGAUGCUCUUGGACUAUCAAUUUCCAUGAUCCAUGACAAUUGACCAUUCUGACUAGGGCUAAUGGGGCUUAAAGUCCAACAACAUACUAGCUGUUUUUACAAUAUAUUUGUAAAUUACCUUGAAACACCUGUAAAAGUUGAUUCAUAAAUUAUUACACAAAUAAACAUCUGAGGGGCCACAGACUCCCAAUCUAUGACUUGUUAGGAAAGUGAGAAAUGAGACUGGAAUAAAAACAGAAGACCCAUAAUUAUGUGGCAUGUCAGGGUAAGCUAACCCACUGAAAGCAUUUGAAGGUAGCACAAAAUGUUAGAAUGUUGAGUUAUUUAUUAUUAUUAUUGUUGUUGUUGUUGUUGUUUGUUAAAUUUGUAUACAACCCUUCAUCCGAAGAUCCCAGGGUGGUUCAAAGCAGAAAAUGCGAGAAAAUAAUACAGUGAACCAAUUCAACUGUCAGUUUAAGAAGAAUUUGGCCCAUGUGAUAACCAUGGCUAGCUAUCCUCACAGUAGAUGCAUUAAAAUUAAUGGACUUAAGUGCAUUGAUUUCAGUGGGUCUACUCUGAGUAUGAAUUACACACACACACACACACACACACACACACAUAUGUAGGAAAGAUGAAUGCGGCCAUAUUGUUUAUAGCAUGUGAGCAAAUGAUUUCUGAAACUGAGAAAACACUGAAUAUUGAUAAUGAGCAGCAUUUCCAAGAUAAUUCUAUUUUUAUAAUGCAAUGUUAUUUUAUUUGCAAAGUAGCCAUAACUAAACUAUACCACAUUUUAAAACAGGUUCCUAAUGCAAAAUGUGGUAAUUCUAACAACACGCUUCUACCACAUUUAACAUUUACUUAGAGGGUUUCUUCCCAGCAGGGUGUGUGGUUUUACUGACAGGUAUGCAAGCGGAAAUUAGAGUGAAGAAAUGAGAGUGAGUCUCAUAAAGCUUAAAGUGUUCAAUUUGUUAAGGCUAAGAUAAACUGAACAAGCUUCAAGUGCAUAUUGAAACUGUGCGGAAGUUGACUUAAAAGAAUACUGUUUGCUACUUGUGCUCUUCUAAUGCUUUCGUUAAAACAGCGUGUGUAGCUCCUGCAUGAGAAUGUAUGAAAAAUCCAAGAUUUAGAAUAUAGCAUAGAUGUUGUUCUGUCUACUUUUGAGUAAAGAACUUAUGAGCUGCUGGACAAUUUGGGGGUAUACCUAGCAUAUAUCUAGCAUUUGGGAGCUGUAGUCAGUUUUUAACUCCCCAGAUCUUUGUGGAUUUAAUGCAAACCAUACCCAGUUGCUUCACUGAACACUGUAAUAGGAGGUUCAGCUUUGAAGAACCCUUGGGUCUACUUUUAGCCUAUAUAACUGAAGGGCACCAAUAGGAGCAAUCCUGAACCAACUAUACUGGUGGCUGUUAGUAUCUGGACCCAGUUAAAGGAGCUGGUUCUUACUUUCCAAGCCCUUCCUAAGCCUGGGGUCUGUGUAUCUUUGAAAAUCUGCUUGUAUGAAUCCACUUGCCUUUUAAAAUAAUCUUUGAGAUCUCCAACUUCCUUUCCAAGAGGUAAAGUUGUCAAGAGAAGUGGGGGCAGGGCUUUCUCUGUAGUUGUCCUAACUCUGUGGAAUGUCCUCUCCCCGAAGGUUCAACACUCGCUCUUUAUCCUAGUUUCUUUGGGUUUUCAUCAUUUAUUUUUUUUUAGAACACUGAUAAAACUCAUAAUUUGUUUAAUGCUUUGAAGUAAUUGUAUUAAGUGAUGUUGUUACCCACCAAGAGUUAUUAUUGAAGUAAUACAUGUCACAUGAAAAUGAGGGUAAACUUCAUUGUGUUGCUGAUUCUAUUUAAGGGUUUUGUGAUUUUUAUGAUGAAUUAUAUUUUGGUGCUAUAUUAUUUUUUGGUGUGCUGCUUUGUUUUAGUUAUGUAUGUAUUCUCUACCUGGGACCUUUGGGAUUGCAAAUGUUCUAAAUACACACACACACACACACACACACACACACAAAGAGAAUGUUAUAUAUAAAGACGUGCACAACUGCACACACAUGCAUUACAUAGAUAUAUAUUAAUACAACUGUUUCCUCCUAGAACUAUGUGUGGGUUGCUUUUCCAUUUCUUUUCUUAUCCUUUCCCUAAUUAUUUAUUAUUAUGGAGUCACCUAGCAAACCCUGUCAGCAGAAAUUGGCUUGGGAGUUCAGGAGAACCACCAUAACUGUGGCGGGGGCAGGGGGGAGGGAGAUUGUUUUGUCUGGUAAGCUGAUAUACUUGCACAGGCAGACCAUUCAACAUCACAUGAUGCUGAAUUCCUGUGGGUUCCUUAGGAAAAUACAGGGGAAAUACAAAGAUUCCUAUUCCCCAAAUACCUUUAAAGCUAAAAUGGACUGGAAACAACAAAGGAAGGGAAAACCAUGUUUUGAUUGCCUGGCUAUAGAAAAAGAAACACAAUUUAAAGCAGCUUCUGGGAACUUUGAUUUUUAUCGGAGCAGUGGUGCUGGCAGAGAAAGGUUGUCAUCCUUCCUUCCAUACAGUUUUCCUAACCUGCUCCUCCCCCCCCCUUUGUUUUAUCCUCACCACAAUCCUGUGAGGUAGGUUAGGGUCAGAGAGAGUGACUGACUCAAAGUGACUCGCUGAGCUUCAUGGCUGAUUGGGGUCUGCUCCAGUCAAAACCAGAGCUCUUCGAGAUAGUUUAAAGUAACAGAGAAGGAUAUCCCAUAUUAUUACUAUAUUCAUCUAAAGUAUUGCUUCAAAAGUAUAUAAUUCUGCUUUGUUGCCUUUUAUUCACAUCUAGCAACAUUUUAAAAGAUGUUAGAGCAUGCAUUUACCUUGUUUCAAGGGAAUAUAUUGCGUAUUAAACAAGCAAGGAGCUUAUGUUUCUACUCAAACCAGCAAGUGUCUUUAAGAAUUGAAUGAAAUUGCAAUACUGUAUUUGGCCAAAUGCCACAGAACCAUAGGCGGUUAUCAACACUUGCAAUGUAAGCCUUGGCUUCAAUGUAAGUACUAGGGAAAAUAGUUCACACCAGUACGCCCUGCAGCAAAAUGAGUGUUAAUGUUUAGCAAGUACUUUCACUAGCAUUAAAAAGUGUGAUUUGUCACUUUGUUUAGAUAAUUGAUUCAGUCCUGUUCUUGGAUUUACUUCCCUAUAAGCCUGAGUGGCAAUUUAGUCUAACUGAAGAUCAGUCUGUAUAUAAUUAAUCUAAGAUACUCUUUUGGGAACCAAGAUAAACCCAUCUUAAGUGCUUUGUUGGAGAGUAGGCCUUGCACUUGUUACUUUUCAGGUACUGUACCUCGGUUUAAGAACAGCCCUGUUUACGAACUAUUCGGUAUAAGAACUCUGCAAAACUGGAAGUAGUUAGCGAACUAUACCUUGGUCUACAAACGGAAGCCGAACAGUGGAAGGGUACCGGCGGUGGGAGACCUCAUUAGGGAAAGCACGCCUCGGUUUAAGAGCAGCUUUGGUUUAAGAAUGGACUACCGGAAUGGAUCAAGUUCGUAAACUGAGGUACCACUGUAGUUUUAAGGAAGAAUGCAAAUUCACUUGAAGAAGAAGAAGAGUUUGGAUUUGAUAUCCCGCCUUUCACUCCCUUUAAGGAGUCUCAAAGAGGCUAACAUUCUCCUUUCCCUUCCUCCCCCACAACAAACACUCUGUGAGGUGAGUGGGGCUGAGAGACUUCAAAGAAGUGUGACUAGCCCAAGGUCACCCUGCAGCUGCAUGCGGAGGAGCGGAGACGCGAACCCGGUUCCCCAGAUUACGAGACUACCGCUCUUAACCACUACACCACACUGGCUUCCAGAACCCUUGAAUGUGCCUGAUGACCCUUGUUGUUGUUGUUUAGUCGUUUAGUCAUGUCCAACUCUUCGUGACCCCAUGGACCAGAGCACGCCAGGCACUUCUGUCCUCCACUGCCUCCCGCAGUUUGAUCAAACUCAUGCUGGUAGCUUCAAGAACACCAUCCAACCAUCUCAUCCUCUGUCGUCCUCUUCUCCUUGUGCCCUCCAUCUUUCCCAACAUCAGGGUCUUUUCCAGGGAGUCUUCUCUUCUCAUGAGGUGGCCAAAGUAUUGGAGCCUCAGCUUCACGAUCUGUCCUUCCAGUGAGCACUCAGGGCUGAUUUCCUUAAGAAUGGAUAGGUUUGAUCUUCUUGCAGUCCAUGGGACUCUCGCCAUUGUAAACGCUCUUCUCAAAUUGGGCUCCGUCAGGUCUAUCAAGUAGUUGGCAAGUGAUCUUACCACUUUCACUUUAGGGAGCCACAUGGAGAGGCGAGCUGAGGUGGACUGUGCCCGGUCCAUGGCCUCAUCUCUUGUAAGAAUCCAGGCCCGGAUUUUAUGUUGGUCCCAAGAUGACAACGUGUCGAAAUCUGGGAGGGAGUAGCGUACAGUAAUAGUCUCCAUGGCCUUGGACCAUUUGUUGGAGUGAGAACAAGUUAAAAGGCUGGCCUGGCUCGUAGGGAACCUGGGGCAUUGAUUAAUUUGCAAUAAAAACUAAUAAUUCUAAUGUGGGCUCUCGCAACAAUGGAGUGAGGCCCAGUUCUGUUCUUAACUGUGCAGCAACCGAGCCCUUGGGGAGACCCAGUAUCUUUCGUGCAAAAGAGUUUUGUAGAAUCUCCAGCCGUUGUAGUGUUUUUAAAUUCCACCCCCAGAUUUCAACCCCAUACAGUAACAUCGGGAGGACUUUGCUGAUAAAUGCUUUUCUGAUUGGUGGAACCAACUGGCCGCCUUUUGCAUAGAAGAAUUUCUCCAAGGCUUUGAUGGUUCUACGGGCAGCCAGGAUGGUCAUAUUUAGGUGAGCUGACCAGCUAAGCCCAUGCUGAAAAGUGAUUCCCAAAUACUUGAAUGCUGAGCAAUAUUCAAUAGAGUGGCCCUCAAAAUUCCAGAAUGACUUCCGAGUUUUCGUGCCAAAAGUAAGAAUUUUGGUUUUGGCGAAAUUGAUUUUGAGGGAAUUGGUAUCACAAUAUGUCAUGAGCCCUCUGAGCAUGUUGUUUAAGCCCUGCUUGGUUAAAGACAGUAUCACCAUGUCGUCCGCAUAGAGUAAUAUGGGGAUCUUAAGCUGUUGUAAAGAGGGGCAGAUUGAUUUAGGGCCUGCAUAGUUGUAACGAUGUCGUUGAUAUAGAAAUUAAAUAGAAAAGGGGCCAAGAGGCAGCCCUGUUUGACCCCUUUAUUCAGAGAGAAAGAAUCAGAAAGAGCUCCCAGAGGGCCGAAUUUUACUCUGGCCGAUAUGUCAUUAUGAAUUUCCAUGAGAAGGAGGAGGAGUCUCUUAUCUAUGUUGGUGGAACUAAGCUUCUGCCAUAGCCUAUCUCUGGGAAUGGAGUCAAAAGCGGAGGUCAGGUCCACAAAAGCCGCGUGUAGUUUACAGUUGAACCUGUUUAGGUAUUUAUCAAUCAGGGUAAAUAGAACAAGACAUUGGCCAGAUGGGACUCUCAAGAGUCUCCUCCAGCACCAUAAUUCAAAAGCAUCAAUUCUUCGGCGAUCAGCCUUCUUUAUGGUCCAGCUCUCACUUCCAUACAUCACUACUGGGAAAACCAUAGCUUUAACUAUACGGACCUUUGUUGGCAAGGUGAUGUCUCUACUUUUUAAGAUGCUGUCAAGGUUUGUCAUUGCUUUUCUCCCAAGGAGCAGGCGUCUUUUAAUUUUGUGACUGCUGUCACCAUCUGCAGUGAUCAUGGAGCCCAAGAAAGUAAAAUCUCUUACUGCCUCCAUUUCUUCCCCUUCUAUUUGCCAGGAGGUGAUGGGACCAGUGGCCAUGAUCUUCGUUUUUUUGAUGUUGAGCUUCAGACCAGAUUUUGCGCUCUCCUCUUUCACCCUCAAUAAAAGGUUCUUUCAUUCCUCUUCACUUUCUGCCAUCAAGGUUGUAUCAUCUGCAUAUCUGAGGUUGUUGAUAUUUCUUCCGGCAAUCUUAAUUCCGGCUUCGGAUUCAUCCAGCCCAGCCUUUCGCAUGAUGAAUUCUGCAUAUAAGUUAUAUAAGCAGGGAGACAAUAUACAGCCUUGUUGUACGCCUUUCCCAAUUUUGAACCAAUCAGUUGUUCCAUAUCCAGUUCUAACUGUAGCUUCUUGUCCCACAUAGAGAUUUCUCAGGAGACAGAUGAGGUGAUCAGGCACUCCCAUUUCUUUAAGAACUUGCCAUAGUUUGCUGUGGUCGACACAGUCAAAGGCUUUUGCAUAGUCAAUGAAGCAGAAGUAGAUGUCUUUCUGGAACUCUCUAGCUUUCUCCAUAAUCCAGCGCAUGUUUGCAAUUUGGUCUCUGGUUCCUCUGCCUCUUCUAAAUCCAGCUUGCACUUCUGGGAGUUCUCGGUCCACAUACUGCUUGAGCCUUCCUUGUAGAAUUUUAAGCAUAACCUUGCUAGCAUGUGAAAUGAGUGCAGUUGUGCGGUAGUUGGAGCAUUCUUUGGCACUGCCCUUCUUUGGGAUUGGGAUGUAGACUGAUCUUCUCCAAUCCUCUGGCCACUGCUGAGUUUUCCAAACUUGCUGGCAUAUUGAGUGUAGCACCUUAACAGCAUCAUCUUUUAAAAAUUUAAAUAGUUCAGCUGGAAUACCAUCACUUCCACUGGCCUUGUUAUUUGCAGUGCUUUCUAAGGCCCAUUUGAUUUCACUCUCCAGGAUGUCUGGCUCAAGGUCAGCAACCACACUACCUGGGGUGUACGAGACAUCCAUAUCUUUCUGGUAUAAUUCCUCUGUGUAUUCUUGCCACCUCUUCUUGAUGUCUUCUGCUUCUGUUAGGUCCUUACCACUUUUGUCCUUUAUUAUGGUAAUCUUUGUACAAAAUGUUCCUUUCAUAUUUCCGAUUUUCUUGAACAGAUCUCUGGUUCUUCCCAUUCUGUUGUUUUCCUCUAUUUCUUUGCAUUGCUCGUUUAAGAAGGCCUUCUUGUCUCUCCUUGCUAUUCUUUGGAAAUCUGCAUUCAAUUUCCUGUAUCUUUCACUAUCUCCCUCGCAUUUUGCUUGCCUCCCCCCCCCCCCGCUAUUUGUAAGGCCUCGUUGGACAGCCACUUUGCUUUCUUGCAUUUCUUUUUCAUUGGGUGACAGUGUGUUUUUGUUGUUGUUUAUUUUGCCAUUUCUGUGGGUUUUAUACCUCCUUGAGUACAUAAAUGUAAAAAGGUGCUCUUCUAAUUAAAAAGGAAAGGCAAUGGAGCCCACAGUUAGAUGCAGAAGCCAGCAUCCCAGUGUUUCUUCUGAUGACCAUACAGCCACUUGCUUAGUAAGCUAUCCCUGCCAUAGAAGGGUCUAUGAACAGGCCUAGCUGGAAGCUGGAAAAUCUAGUACAGACUGUGCUGAACUUUCCCCCCAUGUUCCUAAUAACACUGAAUUGCUCUUUCAGAUUCAGAAGGAAACCUGCUUAAAAACUCCCACCUGCUGAAGGUAACACUGAGCAUGCACCGGCUUAUUAUCUCCUCCACUGAGAUGCUGCGAAAACUUAUUGAUCUAUAUCCUUUUAAACAUUUGCAAUUAUUCCAUUAAUACCUAACAGAGAAGCUAUGGUAUCAUUUGGGGAAUGGGCAUUCCUAACAGCAAAUUCCUUAAUGAACAUGAAACAAAUCAGGUCCUUAGAAUUUUCUUGGUCUUAGUUCCUAUAUACUAUAUUCAUCACACCCACCACCCACCCUUUGGAACCUGUUACUUAGAUGUAACACAGUUUGGACUUUUAAAAAUCCACAUGAAAAAUUGCAUUAAAAUGUUUAUUUUUAAGAGUAAUUUCUCUCAAAAUACUGGAAGGACGGCACUGGAACACUUGGGAAGAGCAAAAGCUAGUAAUUCCAAUCAACACAUUAUUUUGGGAGGUGCAUAUGAGCUUGGUUUCAUACUAUAGUUUGCAAAGUUCCAGUAUAAGACACCUUCCUAUGGCUAAAAGAAUAUAAUCACUGGGAACGUCUUGGCUGACAACCCUUGGGUAUCACUGCUCACCUGUUAACUUCAAACCAACCAAAUGAAUAUAUAGCUAGUAAUAUCAAAAUUUGCAAAUAUAGACCAUUUAUCUGAAGGAUAUGUAGAGGUACUAGCUGAUUUUAUCUACAUAUUGACCUGGUUUAUGCAUCACUUUAAGCCAUAGUUACACAAAACUGUGCUUUAACUAUGAAUGUACAGCAUACUGAUGAAAUCAUGGGUGCUUUGCUCCUCCCCUGUCGCCACUGCAUUGCCACAAAUUAAGUUAUUAUCUGACUUAGCAUUUCAUCCACAGCCAGGCUCAUGGUUUGUUUCUCUUGAAACAAACCAUAAACUGUAAACAAAGGUUUGGUUUAAAGUGAUAUGUGGAUGAGGCCAUUAGUAUCUUUUAGUCUUUUGCUAAAGUAUUGGUUGCUCUGCUCUUUUUUUAAAAAACUGUUUACAUUUUUAUGUAACAAAAUUUUAUUACGACAAUAUUCUGUUAUUAUUUAAACAAUUUAGCUGUAAUAUUAGUAUUUUCAGAUGGGUUCCUUUUGACAUAUUUUCCUUAGCAAUUUAUUACAUAUCUGGAUGCUCUGGAAAAUAAUUCUUCUGUGCUUUGCUAUAAAAUAUGUUACCUUGUAAGGUAAGAACACUUUUUUUUAAACAGAUGGUCUAUUAAAUGAAACUUGUGAUGAAUAUUUUCCUUUUUGGUAUUGAUCAAGUGUUUUUUUAAAGAAGGGAAGUAUUUGUUAGGUCAUACCUUAUGGUUAUUUUUAGGGCAAUAAAAGCAGACAUUUAUUGUGCAGUUGUUUAUCGGUUGUGAAAGAUCAAGGCAUGAUUAUUCAUCUGCUCAGGCAAACUGCAGCCUUAGGGCCCCAGGUGAAUCUUGGCUUAUUUUGGUCCUAAAUAUGGUCUGGGAAGAGACAAUAAAUAUUUAUGUGCUGGUGGUGACAUCUUUGGUGACAAGAUGUCACCAAAGAUGCAGCAUUUAUGAACUUAGAAUUUGUAAAAUGCUUUUACAUCCUAAUAUCCAUGAACAGAUUUUCACUCUUGCAAUAUAGCUUUGCCAGUCUCCUACACUGAACUAAGAUCCUGAGGGCCGAGGAACAUUUGGGAAUAACAUUGUGGGGGUGGGGAUUGCUGUGUUAGGAAGGGCGGGUGAAAAUUAACAACCCCCAUUCUAAGGGCCCAAGGAGAUGUGAUAUUAUUAGCAAACUAAGCAAUUUUGGGGAGUGGGGGCUGUUCUAGGUCGGGAAAAUCGUGAAGACAAAGGGUUAAAGCUCCCUCCCCAAAGCUCCCAAACUAGAUUGUCGUCCCCCCUGUUAUGUACUGAAGUUCUCACCCUGGGCCAGCAGGGGGAUACUGUAGAUAGUUUUCACUCAGGUCCACAUAUGCAAAUAAGGGAUUGAAAGUAACGUUCAGUGAUUGGAUAGUUACAGAAAGUGGUUACUGUUGCAUUGUAGUGGAGCUCUAUAUAAGCAGGCUGGCUGAACCCUUCAGUUCAGUUCUGUUCUGGCCUGUGAAUAAACAAGAGCUGUUUGAAGAAUCACUGUGUCAUCUGAUAUGUUCACCCACAACUUAACACGCCCCCCCUUAAAGUUUUAAGAUUAUGAGUUCUAUGAAGACUAUGCAAUCCAUUCUCCGGCACUGAACCAAACGUUGGAUAUUUAUAAUGAGGCGCAAGAAGUAAUGGGAAUGGCCGCCAAAAUAAAAAAACAUCAAUGGGAAGCUUCAAUCCUUAGAUUGACAAAGUAUAUGUGAAUGUGGGUCAUGAUAGUAGAAAUUAAAUGGCCUAGCUACAGUAAAUCAUUGUGCCUUAGAAAAUCGAGUUGAGAAACCAACAUAAUGCCAGGCAGAAACAGUAGCCACAGCACUUUCAAAUUCAACAUUAUAUGUAGGUGGAAAAUUGCCCAGGAAAUCCUGCACAGUCAUAUAUUUAAUUUCAAAAAGGUAUAUUUCUCAAAAGUGACAUAAUUUCUUAGAAUCAAAUAGAAAUCUUAUCCAAUGAAUAAAAAGGAGGAGGGGAUGAUUGUCAGGAGUACAGCCUCCAGCAAACCAAAUGUCAGCCAGAAGUCAAGAAGGAGACUGAAGAUCAAAUUUGCUUAAAGUUAUAAAUAUGUUUUAAAUAUAGCAGAAAGCGGAAGAUGGUUGGUUAGGUGAUAAAGUGGAUAAAGCUAAUGGUUUAUUUGGUUUGGGUCUACUAAUAGCGUACAAAGUUAUAAAUACAACAUAAUUUUAUUGUUGUUAUCAACAGGUAUUGGAUAAGAGAAUUCUGGGUCAUGUUCAAAACAGAUUCCAAUCUUACAAACGCCAUGGAGGAAUUUCAAGAAUUGGUGAGAGUUAAUGGUGAGGAGUUGCACUGUCGCCUAAUUGACACAUCUCAAAUGUGAGUGUCAAGGUCUUAAUAUAUUGGGAGAAAUACACACACAUACACAAGAAAGCUAUUGUUGCUAAACUUCCAGGAAAAAUAAUGUGUACUAUCCAGUUAUGAAUAGGAAUGUUUCCUUCUGUUUAACUCCUCAGGAACAGUUUCCAUGUACAGUAUGUGGCAUGGUUGCUGCUUGAAUCACGAAUAUAUAGAAUCAUAGAAUUGUAGAAUAGGAGAGAGGCCUGAGGGUCAUCUAGUCCAAGCCCCUGCAAUGCAGGGAUCUCAGCUAAAGCACCCAUGGCAGAUGCUAUACAAACUCUGCUUAAAAACAUCCAAGGAAGGAGAAUCUCUAAUGUUCUCUCUGGCGUUUUUGUGAGCCCUUUUAGUAUGAACAGGAAGGACUUGGCAUCUAGUCUUCUUCAUUUUUUAAAUAAAAUUUAUUGUUUUACAUUUUUGUAAGUUGCAAUUUUUAUUUGGGUUUUGUAUUUGUGUGUGCACCUUGGCCAAAAGGCAGCUUAGGAAUAAACUUCAACAGUAAUAAUGACCGGGUAUAAAUUGCCAUAGACAGGGACUCAUUUCACACAAAUGGUGUCCCUGUGCAGUUGUGAUUCAAACAUGACCACACUGUGGAUUGCACAUACAAGUUGGACCUUUAGAAAAAUGUUUAGGUCCAGAUUCAACUAAACAGUUGUGCUGUUUAGCUAGCACAAAGGGGGCUUUUUCCUGCAUGCCCCACAUUUCUUGGGGGAGGUGGAUUCUGCUAAAAAAUGGCCUCCCCCCCAAAGCAGUAUCUUUUCUUUGCAGAAGAAUUCGCCUUAUAGAAAGAUAACUUCAAGCAAUAGACACAUAUCUGUCUGGCUCCUGUCCUUGUUGUGUCUUUGCUUGAUUUACUGCUGGGUAUUUUAUCUGGUUUACUAUAAAUGCUGGAGAGAAAUGCUCUUAUCUGAAGUUCACUUCCUGCAGUUCUCUCCUUGAAAGAAAGACAUCUUGCAUGUGAUAUUACUUUCUGCUAAUUCGGUUAAGAAGUGACACCUGAUUAAGGAUAUUGAAAUUAGUUAAUCUCUUGGCUGUGAAAAUUAUAGAUUUGUUGCACAUAGAAUUGUUCUAUGUGCAAUGUUGUACAUUGUGUGUAUAGAAUUCAUGUUUUCACUGAGGACACAAAUUGCAGUUUGUUCUUUUAGUUAUAAUUGGAGCAGAAUGCAACUGUGGGCAGCCAGUUCUAAAAAAACCAUGUAUCACUGGUCCUGAAAGCACUGCUAGGCCCAAUUCAUGGUGUUAGUACUAGCAUAUAAAGCCCUAAAUGGCUUAGGACCCAAGUACCUAAAAGAACCUCAUCCACCUCAGACCUUAUGAUUGACGGGUGAGGGCUUGUUGGUGCUGCCUCCACCAGGGACUGUCUGGUUGGCAUUGACCCAUCGCGGCCUUUUCAGUGGUUUCACCCUGUUUAUUGAGUGCCCUCGUUCAUGAGGUGGCUCUGUCUCCUUCAUUAUUAGCUUUCAGGAGGAAUUUAAGAACAUUUCUAUUUACUCAAUUUGAUGGUUGAAGUACGCUGUUCCUGGAAACCCUGAAAUCGCUGGUUGAGAGAAAGUUUAAAACUAUUUUUAUAAUAGUUUUUAGACAUCUGAGGGCAGCCUCGUGUAGGGAAGUUUCUAAUGUUUGAUGUUUUGUUAUGUUUUUAUAUUUGUUGGAAGCCAGCCAGAGUGGCUGGGGCAACCCAGUCAGAUGGAUGAGGCAUAAAUAAUAAAAUUAUUAUCAUGAUUAUUAUGUUUUUUAAACUAUAUUGUCAGUAUGAUUAUUAUUGUGUUUUUUUGCCAUGUUCUCCUUUGAGAGGGAUAUAAAUUGAAUGAAUGAAUGAAUGUGUGAUUUUGUUUGGAAAGGAAUAUGCUAGUAAAUUCUGCUGCAGAAGAUAAAUUACCCCUUUUGGUUUUCCUUUCUCUUUCUUUUUAAAGAAAUGCCCGAGAGUGGUCCAGAAAGAUCACACAGCGGAUAAAAUCUAACAGCAGUAAGAAACGGAAAGUAUCGCUACUCUUUGAUCACUUGGAACCAGAGGAGUUGUCAGACCACCUCACUUACCUUGAAUUCAAAUCCUUCCGACGGAUAUCAGUGAGCAGAUGGAUUUUCAUAAGUUGAUAACUCAAAUGGUUUUUUUAACAGGGUGUACGUGUAGUUCAGGGGUAGGAAACCUUCAGCCUGCUGGUCAAAUACAAAUCCCCCCAGGACUCUCCCCAGGUCCUGUCAGUCACUGGUCGUGCUCUUUGCCCUCCUUGAGUACUGAAAUGCAGCCUUGAAUGGUGAUAAUGGAUUGUCUAGUAGGCUUUGGGGACAUUUCCUUCCCAGUGGAUAGAAAGGUACAAAAGGCAAAUAUCUUAAAUACUGUUAAUGGGUCAUAAUGGAUUGCAUCCAAUGGUGGCGUUUCACUAGCAGAUGUUGUUUAUGCUCAUACAAGGCAAGUUACCCAGUUUUUGCCAAGCUGCUUAGCUACUAUAAUCCUUUGCACCAUAUUUCAUCCUGUUAUGUAAGGUCCCCCCAAUCUUCAGAUUCAGUUGUUCAUCAGGUGUAGGAGCAGCUUGCAGUGAAUCUCGACUUGCGGAAGUGCUUUUCACUAGUGUACAGCCACCACUGGAUGCAACCCAUUAAACCUGGCAGUCCUAUUCUGUUGGGCUAAAAUUGUGCAUGAUUUGUUUUGCAUCAGGAACAGGUUGUUUAUAAAUAUCAGUUCUUUAUUCUCUUCACCUUUUUGCUUGAAAAUGCAUAACCAUAUUGCUCCAAAGCUGUGGAAUGUGUCCCCCCUCAAAAAAACCCCUAACAUACUCCUCCUGUCUCCUGAAUAAUAUUGCUCAGAUUCUCAGAUGUAAGUUUAGCAGUUAGGGGAAUAAACUGUAAAAGCUCUCACUUAGUCAUGUGUCAGUACUUUUUAUUUUAAGCUCUAGGUUCAUGACUCCUCUCAUGUGCUAAGUUAAAAUCCAACAGCCUUGAAAGCUGGAGUCACGUCUCUGUGUACCCCUGACACACAGACACACACACACUUAUAUAAUGCUUAACAUUUUGCGAUUAAACUGUUAAUGAUUAUUGGUUACAAGAAGCAUAAGGAUAAUGUAUUUCCUGGUUGUAGAAUACAAGUUUUCCCUUUAGUAGUCUGAGAACAAAUUGAUAAGCUUCUACAGAAAGGAAUUACUUUCACUUGUUUUCCAGAACAAUAUCUUGGUGUGGUUUUAAUUAAUUAAUCAAUUAAACUAAUUAAAUAAUAAUAGGAACAACUCUCAUCCUCUGUGUACAUAUUUGACUGUAAUCCAAACCCAGUGAUGGUUAUAUGCGAGCAGAUUAAUAUAGGAUCGGUGAAAAAUUAAGUAGGAUGGUCUUUAUUUCAGGUUAGUGAAUCCAUAACACCUUUUUGUCAGGUUCUGUCUGUCAAUGGUUCUGACUCCAUCCACAGCCCCUGACAGAUUUACCUGUGAGGGAAUGUGACUGAAAAAAGGUUGCCCACCUCUGGCAUACAGUUUGCUCCAUGUACUGCUUAGAAAUAAUGUAUGGAACAGCUUGUCAUGUGGAUAACUUUGCUCACAUGGAGAUUUUCUUAGCAGCUAUUGAAAAUGUCCAGUUUGGGGAUGGAGAUGCUCAAAAUGAAGCAGGACACCUACACAUUAGGUAUCACAUAGCCUUUAAAGACUUUAGAGUAGGGGUGUCCAAACUUUUUUCAAAGAGGGCCAAAGCUUUUUUUAGGACUGAAGUUGUUGUUGUUGAGCUUUUUUAAAGAUUUACCCCAGGAAAUAAACUGCCACAGGGGCCAGAUUAAACUGACUGGUGGGCCGCAUUAGGCCCCCACAACGGACUUUGGACAUGCCUGCUUUAGAGGUCUGUCUCACUGCAAAAACAGGGGGUAUAAGGAAUACAGUAAUAGAUGUUAAAUAAUGUGAAUUUUGCUCCACCAACCUUCUUUUCGUUUAAGCUUCCAGAUUAUCAGAACUACAUCAUGAAUGGCUGUGUGAAGGACAAUCCAACCAUGGAACGCUCAAUUGCUCUUUGUAACGGUAUCUCCCAGUGGGUGCAGCUAAUGGUACUCAAUAGGCCGACACCACAGCUUCGAGCUGAAGUAUUCAUCAAAUUCAUUCAUGUGGCCCAGGUCAGCUAUAAUUUGUUUUGAGUUUUUUGAAGUCAUUUUUUUUCCUGCACCUAUUUAGAAUAAUUUGGGAAGGGCGAAAUAUAUAAAUGUGGGCCAGAUUGUGGAUACUGACAUUGAAUUAAAUUGUGUUAAAUGGUGGGGGACAAUCGAAUCUCAUUGAGGUCAGGUCUCUCUCUGUUCUAUCAUGUCAGUUGAGAAGUAUCAAAAUCAAAAACUGAAUACUGACAGUUCCUAUUUUUUUUACACAGAAACUUCAUCAGUUGCAGAAUUUUAAUACAUUAAUGGCUGUGAUAGGUGGCCUUUGCCAUAGUUCCAUCUCUAGACUUAAAGAAACAAGUUCUCAUGUUCCUCAUGAUAUUCAUAAGGUUUGUUGAACUCUUCCCUCUGUUCCGUGUCUUUAUUUUGCAAUAUUUGUAUACUGCUUUUCAGCCACAAGAAUUGUAAAAGUGAUUCACAAUAAUGAAAUCAGAUUUGCUAACAGACUAUAUUCCUCUCACAAUUAUGGGUCCCUCUCACAAUAAAUAUACUCAUUUAAUAUUUAUGCCACCAAAAUGGAAAUAUUGCUCAAUUAAUAGAGUUUGUUGAGCUUUUGCCACUGUAGCUAAAGCCUGAUUUAUAAAAAGAGAAGUUGUCUAUCAUGUGCUAUAAGACUCCACAACACUCAUGUUGGUGGCCUCAUUCAGAUGUAACACUAAACCAUAGCUGAGCAUCAUGAGAAACAAUUUCAACAAGCCUCAGACUUGUGAGCUCCCCUCCCUUCUCCUCCAGUGGGAUUGCAAGGAGGAGUUUGGAAUCCUUCACUUCUGUUUUUAGAUUAAGCAUAGUUUACUGUGUUUCUGAACAUGGACAGUGGCGAGUUGAAACAAGCAAGUUUCAGUUCAACUCACGGUAUUUAAGAUUAACCACAGUUUAGGAUUAGGAUGCUAUGCUAAACUGCAAUUAAUCUAAAACAGACGUAUAAGAUUCUAAUGUCAUCCACUGUUAUCCACACUAGAUAAGGGAAGGGGAGGAGGGAGAAUCAUGAGUCCUAAGCCAUGGCUUGAAUUUCAGCCAGUAGAUUUACAUUGAAUUUAACAACAAGUAUGCGAAAUUCAUCUGCUGGUGAUGUGGUUCUAAAGUGGCCCUAAUGGUGAGCGUAGUGAAUUAGUGCUUUUCUUUGUUUUUCUUUAGGUGUUUAAUGAAAUGACAGAACUGCUAUCAUCUUGUAGGAACUAUGAUAAUUAUCGACGUGCUUACAGCGAGUGCAGCAACUUUAAGAUCCCUAUCCUUGGAGUACAUCUAAAAGACUUGAUCUCCCUUUAUGAGGCCAUGCCAGAUUACUUGGAAGACAAAAAAGUUAAUAUACAUAAAUUGUAUUCUUUGUAUAAUCAUGUCAAUGAACUGAUACAGCUGCAAGAGAUAGGCCCUCCCCUGGAAGCUAACAAGGAUCUUGUUCAUCUCCUCACAGUAAGUCUCCGUCUUUACAGAUCGUAUUUUAAAUGUCUUUUACUUUCCCCCAUCCUGUGGAAUUAUUUAAAUGUCAGAAAGCUUGGACUGUUAAACCAGGCCGAGCAAUUUUAAGGUAGGCAGGGUAUUUUUUCCCUGUAGGUCUUUGCUCAUGUUGUUGUUGCUGGCAUCUGUCUGUCUCAGGAUACAAUGGUGGAAUGCGCUUUUGGGGGUGAAGUCAUACUCUUGGAAGGUUGCAGCGCCUGCGGUGGCUGUAGAGACAGAUACGGGAGAGAUGUUUUGCUGCAUCUGGGUGCAACAAAAUGCGUCCAGGUGUGCUGCUGCAGAUGCACCAUGGUAUUUCUUCUCCCUGUGCCAUUCUCCCAGUGGUCAUUUCUCCUCUGGAUACAUGACCUGACUGUCUGUCUCCAGCCACUGCGGUCAUCUGCAAGGGACUGCUUACAUGGCAAGGUUAAUGUUGCUAGCCUUCGUGUCACAGAUGCAGACAUCUUUGUAAUGCCCAGUUGGUCUGGUGCCUGAAGAUGGCUCCUUGGAGAUUCUGCCACCUUCCCUUCUGUGGACAUGACAAAGCUAGCGUAGACAUCACUGAGACAGGAGUGUGAACGUGCUGAGAAUGUUGGCUUGGGAGAGCACAUCUUUGAGACCCUGUCCUGUCGUAUGAUACCCAAAUGUUUCCUGACACAGUGCAUUGUAGGUCUUUGCUCAGCAGUACAAUGACAUAUCAAUAGGCAGAUAGGCCUUGUGAUUUUUGGAAAACCACUAAGUGUGUACCUACUUGCUUUCCUGAGGGCUGGUCAGUCCACUUCCAUGAGAUCAUUCACUAACAUAAUGCUGCUAAUUUAUGGUGCUUCAUUAUGGCCUUUUCAGAUACUGUACUGUCGUGGUUCAGUUGUGAUGUGAAACUACAUCACUUAUCUAGGGUGUCCUACAGCUAUAAGAAGUUCUAGAAUAGAUGCACAGUUGCCUUCUUAGAUUGCCAGAUUCCAUGUAACUUUCCAUGACAGUGGCCUACUUCUGAGAGUGGAGGGUGAAUGGUAGGUGUCUCAUGGGUACAUACCACACACUGCAGCUCACCUGUGUGGGAGUGAAUAUAUCAGCAUGGUCUCAUGGAGCUCUAAACUCAUGGAAACCUUUUUUGGGAGUAUCUACUCUGCAACACUAAGAUUAGAAUUGGCUCUAAGAACUGAAGCUGUAAGAUGCUUCACCCCACAUGCCACUGCUAUCACAAGUUGUUCUCUCAUGGACUUUGGUCCACAAAACAUUUGCUUCCCAUUACAUUUUAGCAAAAUAACUUGACACAUCCAAAAAGGACAGAUCUGUGAUCUUUCACAAUAUAAGUGUAAAGGCACCUUAAGUGAAAGCUGCCAACUUGAAGUAUAAAAAUUACUUCUGUAUUGUUGGAAAUGGGAUUUUAAAUUCCAUUGUUGAUCCUCUUUCUUUUAAAAGGUACUUCUAAAUACUUUCUGUUAAAAAAAAUCAAAAUCAAAACAAUAGUUUUUUUAAAACAACAACAACAACCACAACACAACACAACACCAUAAGCUUAUACCAUUUCAGUAUGCAUUAUAAAAUGCUUCAGUUACACUUCUUUUAAAAAGACAAGCUCUUGCCAGAGAAGCUGCAGCAACUUAGAGUGUAAACUGUUUCUGUGUUUGUUUUCAGCUGUCCCUUGAUCUUUACUACACGGAAGAUGAAAUCUAUGAACUUUCAUAUGCACGAGAGCCAAAAAGUCACCGGGCUGCAGUAAGAAUCUUAGCAAUUCAGUUAUAGUUUCCAUGCAUUAAACCUGCAUGUUGGUACUUAACAGUGCUAUUUUUACUAGAUUAGUUUGGGUUUAUAUCCUGCUUUUCUGCGAAGAAAUUGUGCUUUGAAUUACUUGGAGCGACUUAAGAUGCAGCAAUAGAUUUUCAGCUCUGUAAUAUUUCAAUGAAUAAUGCCAUAGCAAACCACUCAGUAACCUAUUCCAUUUAUACAUUUCAGUAAGCACAAGAUCCUUAAUUCAAACGAGCAAAAUAACAAUAUUUGUUGCCCAGAUGCAUCAAAAUCAUUUUGGAGCACAUUAUAUCAGAAAAUUUUAAAGAAGUUCAGCACUAGCAAGAAAAAAAUGGAAUAUUUACUGCUUUGAAAAUCUAACCUAGCAACCAGUAUACUAGAACAGAGAUGAAUACCAAAAGGCCACAAUUUAGCUGGAUGGUAGAACCCUCAAACCAGUAUUUCACCACAAGCCAGGCAGGAGGUCAAAAGGGAGCCAAACCAAGCCCUCUCAAAGCCAGGGAUAGUGACAAGAGCAUAUAUUGUGACUAUCAUUCCCCAGGACACCUCAAGCCUAAUCUGGCCUCCCACUACAGGCUUGACAAAAGGCCAGAAAACCAUCUGGGGAGAGGAGGGAGGAGAAGAAGAGAGGGCCUGGCUACUGUCCAAUUCCCUUUUGAGUUUCUCUCUUUGGAGUCAGUCCAGUAGCUGCUGAAGCAACCCAGUAUCUCAGUUCUUCAUGGGUGGGACUUCCAAACUCAGGGCACUGAUGGGCUUUUGGCUCAGCUCUGCUCUGCUGUCACCCCGUGAGUGAUUAACGGACUGGAGGAGGCUCCAGAUGACAGCCACCUUCCUUCAAACCUGCCGCCUGCAGGUGCACUGCAGGUUCCAACACUGCUGUAUUGCAAUGCACACCAGGAUAUAGCUAAGCAAUGGAACUUGAGACUCUUAACCUCAGGGCUGUGGGUUCAAGCCCCUCAUGGGGCAAAAGAUUCCUGCAUCACAAGGGGGUUGGACUAGAUGACCCUCGUCGUCCCUUCCAACUCUACAAUUCUGUUGUAUGUGACAGCAUCUGAAUGUGAAUAUUUCAAAUGUAGGGAAAGUGCAACUUGCCAACUAUAAUUUGGUAUCUUCCAUCCUUGUGAGAAUGAUAUAAUCAGAGUGAGGUUAAUAGCAUAUAGACUGUGGAAUUCUCUCCCCUCAGAGGUGCACAUGGCCUCUGUGCUACGGAGGUUUUCAGAACCCACCUUUCUGAACCAAUUUGUCUUAAAAAAAUAUUUUUCUAGAGAGUUACGUAACCAAGUAUAGCUCACAUUACUCUCUGUUAUUUGUUUUAAUUGACCUCUUAAGAACUGUUACUGCCUUUGCAGGUUUCGAUUAUUUUUAUAUCAGUCAUUGUGCUUUUAUGAUUGUGAACUGCCUUGGGUGAGCUCUGCUCCGAAAGGUGGGAUUAUAAAUAAAUACAACUAGGAUGCACCAAGUUAGUUGUGUCUCACUGGUUUACUUACAUUUUCAAUAUACAUGCAAUGCUUAAUUUUUUAUUUUUUUUUGUAAGGAUAUUUUAAAACAUUUAGGAAUAACUGCUCUUAACAGAUGGAUUUAUUUUUCUUUCAAUAACAUGGAAAUGAAGUUUGAAUGUAGAUGUAUAUAAUUCUUAUUUUAGCCUUUGACGCCUUCUAAACCGCCAGUAGUAGCAGACUGGGCCUCUGGUGUAGCCCCAAAACCUGACCCAAAGAUCAUUAGCAAACACGUUCAGAGAAUGGUAGAUGUAAGUAUGCGAAUUGUUUAUCAUGCUUGUUUUAUAUUAACAUCUUGCAAGCCUGAUUUGGCUCAUUGUACAUUCACCAUGGGAGUACCGUAUUUUUUGCUCUAUAACACACACCCGACCAUAACACGCACAUAGUUUUUAGAGGAGGAAAACAAGAAAAAAAAUAUUCUAAACGAAACAGUGGAUGUAUGAUUUUUGUGGUUCAUGCUGUGGUCACAGACAUGUGAUCUGACGGUGAGUUUGGGGUAGCCCAAUGCAAAAAUCCUGAGGAUCCAUGUGGAUCCAUGCUUUGUAACCACAUUUUUGCACCACUGCGGCCCCAGGCAACAGUGGGUGCGUGAUUUUUUUGGUGCAAGCUGUAGCCAUGGACAUGCUAUGUGAUCUGAUGGUGAAUUUGGGGUGACCCAGUGCAAAAAUCCUGAGGAUCCAUGUGGAUCCAUGCUUUGUUACCACGUUCUAAGUGGGGAAGGAAGGAAAAGCACUCAAGGGACAAGGAGCACCCGUGGGUGUGUGGAGAAGGAUGCUGUUAAUAAUGCAGAAGAGGUGUAUAAGAGGAGAAGGCUCCUCUCCUCUUCUGCUUUGCUCCUUUAAAGCAAGCAGGCUCAGCUUCUCUCCCUCCUCCCCGGCUCGCUGAAAAACUUUGCUGCUAUUCAGUGAGCUGAGUGGGGAGGAGAGAGGGACAGAGAGCCUUCUUGCUUUAAAGGAGCCAACCGAGGAGAGAGGGACAGAGAGCCUUCUUGCUUUAAAGGAGCCAACCUCUCCUCUCCUGCUUUGCUCCUUUAAAGCAAGCAGGCUUUCUGUCCCUCUCUCCUCCCCACUCAGCGGCUCUUCUCCCGCUUUGCUGUUUCAAAGCAAGCCACGGAGGAGGGAAGGAAGGGGAACCAUGGAUCCUCUGCUCACGACUGCAGCAGAUCCCCCCGCCAUCUGUAGGCAUUCGCUCCAUAACACGCACAGACAUUUCCCCUUACUUUCUAGGAGGAAAAAAGUGAGUGUUAUGGAGCAAAAAAUACGGUAAAUAUCCCUGUUGCAAGUUUCCCACUCAUUUCAGAUUUCCCAUUCUCCUUGAAGCAUUAAGUGGGACCAUCAUGCAGUAGGUUUCUAUGCUCUCAGCUUCUAAAAGCAUGGAGCAAAAAGAGUGAAACAUGCUUUCUGAUGGUGUCCUCAGUUCAUACUGUGAGUGCUGUAGAUGUAAACAGCUGGAGGUGGGAAACACAACAUGGGGCUGCUGAUCUCAGUGGUGACCAUAAUGUGUAGCCCAGGUAUAAGAAUCUCAGUACUGUCACUUAUGCUUUAGAGAGAUAACCUAGAUUUCUCUCUAGAUAUAGGACCCCCCACUGCAGCAUAUAACUUGCAAUUUACUGUGCCCAAGGAGGGGAGAAAACUGUGGGAAAUGUAAGAGAAUUUACGAGAUGUUCAAAGAGUGAAGGAGGAGAAUGAGAGAAAAGCAGAUAGGUAGCCAUACCGUGUGCUUUGUCAAGUUGUGUAAGCUAAAUGAAGUAUUAGAGUAAGGUGUGUACUUGACAAAGCUGCCAUAUGUAUGCAGCAUAUGUACUUAUGUGCAGAGAACAUAGUCAGAGCAGCUUGCAGAAGUAUCUUACUCCAAUAUACCUAAAGGCUAGUCAAGAAUCUGCCUCAUAAAACACUGCACAGGUUUUCCUAUGAGAGGAACUGAGACUGCAUGUACAUAGAUAUGCCCACAAGCUGUUGCCAUUGUUGCAUUAUACAAUGCCUGUACUAAAGUGCAUUUAAUUUUGAAAUUAAAUUACCAUAGAACAUUGUAGUAUUUGUUUGUAUAAUAUUAACUUGUAGCAAGUGCUUUAAAAAACCAAACUGAAGUGAUUUUUAGUUGGUUCCAUUUAAUUUCCCCCCUUUUGUUCUGUUCAGUCUGUUUUCAAAAAUUACGACCAUGAUCUGGAUGGGUACAUUUCUCAGGAAGAAUUUGAGAAGAUUGCAGCAAGCUUUCCUUUCUCAUUUUGUGUAAUGGACAAGGACAGGUGUGUACAUCCAAACAACAUUUAUGCUUUUGCUCUUCCAUUUUUUAAUUGCCAUAAUAGGUUAACUUGCACCCACGUGCUUCCCACUCAGAUGAAUGGACUGAAGAAUUGUGGGUAGCUGGGCUGCAUUCUGGAAUUGGGUGGGGAGGCGUGUCUCAAGACCACUAGCUUGAGCUUCCCUCCAAUUGGUAGAUCGCCCAUUUGUGCGAUUAUUUUCAGAACAACAGUUAGAAGUCAGGAACCUGCUUACCUUCAAAGAGUUAAUGUUGGAACAACGUUCUUCUUUUAUGUUUAGGGGAGGAGUCCCCUGUUGUGCAAUUUCCAUAUUCCUCAAGGACUGUUCAUUGUCCCAAAUGGCAUUAGAAAUUGUAAAGAGCAAUUUGAAGGUUCAGUGUUAGGAAGUAUUCCCUGGGCUUCUCCUUUGUUUCGAUAAUUGUGCAGCGUGUUCAGAAUCAAUUGUGAAGCCUGCUCCUUAAGCUGUUUUUGUUGAAUGUUAAAUGAGUUGCUGCAGAACUCAUGACCUGCUUGACAGGAUCAUGUGGGGUGUAUGUGUGUGCGUGCGUGUAAUAUAUUUCUAGAUGUUCAUUGCUGUGAAAAUGAAUUAAUGCAUUUACCUUAGUCUCUAAUUUACCAGAGGGUUGGCAGUGUGUGUAGGUGGAGUGAAACAGAGCGGGAGAUACUGUUAACUCCUUGUGAUUUUAGCAGUAUUAAACCUCAAAUGACCCUCUUCCUUCUGUGCAUGUGUAUGUUUUUACAGGGAAGGUCUGAUUAGCAGGGAUGAAAUCACAGCUUACUUCAUGAGGGCCAGCUCAAUCUAUUCUAAACUAGGCCUUGGCUUCGCCCACAACUUCCAAGAGACCACUUACCUGAAGCCUACGUUCUGUGACAACUGCGCUGGAUUUGUAAGCUUGGGUUUAGGGGGUAUUUUAAAAAGUAAAUAAUGCUACAUGUUGCGUGCAGCAAACUGUUAUCCACAAAUAUUUUAUUACAGCAUCAGCUCUAGUUUGCUGUUAGCAUGGCUAAAUUAACUUUGCCCUUUUAGCUUUUAAUAGUAUAAUUGCUAUUAGCUGCCAGAAUGAGGAGGAACCAUAGCUUUUCUUUUAUUUUUAUUUUUUAUUUUAAGAUUUUCUACCCUCCCAACACUGUAUGAUCCCAUGGCGGGUUACAACAAUAGAAUCUACAAUUAUAAAAACAAAUAAAACCAUCACAAUUAUAAAACACAUUAAGCAGUUCCAAAUGGAACAGAAUACUAUAAAUUCAGCAAAAGUGGUGGGUAAAACAUGCUGGUAAUUUUCUUAGACAAUUAAGAAUCCAAGGGAGUCUAGAUUGUGAUUGUGGUUUAGAUUUUGAUAGUUUUGGAGCUCCGUGGAUGAUAGCAACACUUAUCUCUUGUAUAGGAUUUUCUAGUGCUUUUUAAUAUUUUUUUAAGAAAAGAAGGCACAGGUACCAUGAAGUUGUCACAGUAAGUGCUACACUUUUAACAUUUUUUUUAAAGUUGCGGGUACUGCUUACCUUUGAGUACCCCCAGAAAAAAAGCACUUGGUUUUUCUAUUUGGAGAUUUAGUCUGUUCUUAAUGGGGCAGAGCACUGAUUUUUGAAAAGGAGAAGCAGAAAGCCUCAGAACACAUAUGCGGGUGGGUCAUUUUGAUUGGAUGACUUUGCAGAAUUGGAGUAGUGAAUUGAGGUUGAGGAAAGGUAUGAGUCUACUGUCUUAAGUUCACUGUAGUGUGAUAAUAUGUCUUUGCUUGAAUUUUCAGCUCUGGGGAGUUAUUAAACAAGGAUAUAGAUGCAAAGGUAACACAUUCUGCUUUUGUUAAUGAUUUUAAAGGGCUUAUAAAUGACAGCAGUUCUGUGGUUCUACACUAAGAGUGCCUUACCAUAUCCAUGACCCCAUUUUGUGUUGUGAAACUUUUUCCUUUGAGAAAUAGACCUAAGAAUAAGCUGAGAGACAAAGUCUCAAUCUGUAGGAAGUUCAGAGGGUCUAGCACAAACCACCUAGAAACACUCAAAGUCACCCCCAGUGUCUCCCCAGCCCCUGGCUACUUCCAGCUCUCAGAUCCUGCAUCCUUCUAGAAAACAACUUAGAUAAUUUAAGGAAUCAUUCCCUCCUACACUCACACAUUUUGGACAUUAAAUGGUAGGCGAUUGUAUUGCUUGGAUACUAAGCAGCAGCAGAAUGUAACACAGCCAUGUGAUCUGAAUUAAAUAUUGCAUUAAUAAAUAUGAAAGUGGCACAAGAAGUAACUCAUAGUAAAGGAAAGUACUCCAUCCUUGCUUAUUACAACUAUGGCUGCAAUCCUAAUCACACUUAGUAGGGAGUAAGCAACACUGGACACAGUAGAGUCAAUCAUGCAUCGACUUGUGCUGUAAGUUGGGGUUUUUUUUUAGCAUUUUGUGAGGUUUCUACAGAGGAAAGAACUUUGGCUUCAUGGGGUGGGAAAUGAAAUAUUAGUGUGAGAAAAGACACCCCUCCCCCUGCUUAGUUUUUGUUUCAAGCCAAUGACCUUUCCUUGUUUGUAUUUGUUUGCAGAUUGUGGAAUGAACUGCCACAAGCAAUGCAAAGAUCUGGUUGUAUUUGAAUGCAAGAGAAGAGCCAAAGUCCCAGCAGUAGACAACAGCCCUGCUUCAGCCCUUGCAUCUAGUCUUUGUCCCAUGGGGCUCAAAGAGCACAUGCAUGGUGAGAAAGUUUCUUAUGAAGAAUUCAUGAGUGAAGAAAUUGGGUUAGCCCAACUUCAUUCCACUCCUACACCAUUUCCACCUAUAGCAGCCUUUCUUAAACCUGGGGUCCCUGGGUGUUGUUGGACUUCAGAUCUCAUCAUAUCAGACUACUGGUCCUGCUAGCUAGGGAUUAUGGGAGUUAGAAUCCUAGUUGUAAACAACGUUGCGUGCUUUUCUUUAAAAAGUGGAAUAGCAAGAUAUACAUGUUUUCAAUAAAUUUUCAGUAAUCCUCACAAAAGCCCUAUAUUAUUAUCUCCACAUUAUGGAUCAUGUAGAUGUUUUGUUUCUUCACUUCACCAAUGCAGCCAGGAGUGAUAUUAAUUAAGUAAGUGGGCAACAAUGGAUAGAAAGAGAAGUCUGGGAAGAAUGAUAUGUACCGUAUUUUUCGCUCUAUAGGACGCACUUUUCCCCCUCCAAAAAUUAAGGGGAAAUGUGUGUGCGUCCUGUGGAGCGAAUGCAGGCUCCUUGGCUUCAGCAAAAGCAAUGCGAAGCCUCCAAAGUGCAGAGGGAGCGCUCCGUCCACGCUCCGGAGGCUUCGUGUUGCUUUCGCUGAAGCCUUCAGAGUACAGUGCAAGUUCCCGCUGCGCUCCGCGGGCUUCAGGUUCCUUUCGCUGAAGCCAGGAGAGUCUUGCUCUUCCUUUUGCUGAACCGGGAGAGCAAGACUCUCCUGGGUUCAGCAGAGAGGGAGAGCUGUGCAGCGCCCCUUUAGCCAAGCGGGAGGAGAAAUGGAACGGGCUCUGUUUCUCCUGCCGCUUCGCUGGAGGGGCACUGAGCAGAGAGGGGGAACAUUUUUUUUUCUUGUUCACCCCCUCUAAAACAAGGUGUGUCCUAUGGUCCAGUGUGUCCUAUAGAGCAAAAAAUACGGUAGUUAUAUCAGCAAAGCAUUUCACCUACUUUGAUAAUUAAGUUUAAAGGAUAGCAUGCAACUCAUUUUAACCACUGCCCUGCUUUCAUCUCCCAUAUUUAUAUAUUUGUGUGUUUUCCCAUCCCCUCGUUUUCCCAUCCCCUACAGGUCUGGAGGAGGGAGGAUUUCCAUUUCCUAACGGAGAAGUUGUGGAGCACAGUGAAGGGAGCAAAGACAGAACUAUUAUGCUUAUGGGGGUGUCGGCUCAAAAGAUCUCAGUGAGGCUAAAGCCAUCUGUGUUACACAAGAGUACGCAAACUGACUUAGUGGUGGCACAUAGUGAUGGGCUACCCAAGCAACAGAGAGAGCCAGGAACGCUACCUGAAAACACUCUUCUGCAGCCUACUCCGCUGUCGCCGUGUCCAAGCCCGGUUCUUAGUCGUAAAAAGGCGUAUGUGAAAUGGGAAAACAAGGACUGCAGUCAAAAAGCAAAGCAGGAGCCCUGUGCUCUAAAACCCACAUACCAGGAAUUAGAGCAGGUACCGCAAACAGUUUCUAAGAUUCACAUGUAAUAAAUAACACAGUGUGCAGUAUUACCACUAUGACAAAUGGGAACCAGUUUGAGAAAGUCAGAAUAGACUGGGAAGACCCAGGUUCAAUUUUGUUCAGUUGGUAGGUAACAUCCCUGAUAUAUCUACUGCUAAAUGUCAAAUAGUUAUAAGGGAUGUGAUACGUUUAAGGGAAGUAGCUGUCGGCUGCCUAAUGAGUGUCAUUGGGGUGGAAGCCUGAUAACAAAGCAAUCCCACCUUGUAAUCUCAUUGACUGGGCUGGGGAGAGAAUGGCAGAGCUACCAUCAAAUCCAUUCCUCUGCCAUUUUCUUGUAGUCAGGUUGGGAUGGAGCGACAUUUUCCUUCUCCCUUCGCAUUGCCUACAAUGGAUAAGGCAAAAAAAUCUAUAUAUUAGACAGAUGUGUUCUCUUAGAGUCUUGAUUAAAUGUUGUCUUUUGCACGCGAGAGCAUGUCUCGUUUUCUUGAGAGAUGCAGUAGCCGUAAUUGCUCCUCUCUUAUGCAGACAGCUGUUUAUUUUUCACUCCAUUUACUGUUCAAGCCGUUAUGAUUUGAAUAAUAGUUAAGUGAACCUGGAGAAUAAGAUGCUAGUCAAGCAAGUGUUUCUGCUAAGGAGGACUGUAGAUACCGAAACUGUUCUUUAAAGUAUAUUCUGCUCGGAUGACACCAACCUGUGUUUUUUGCUUAGGAGAGAAACAUCCUUACAACAGAGAAUGAAGCUUUAAAGCUACGGCUUAAACAGGCACAUAAGAAAAUUGAAUUCCUCAGCAUUCGAAGAAACCACAUACUGGACAGCAGGGAACAUGGAGACUGCUUGUAGCCAGGUGGACAGUAAAGGCAAUGGGACCUUUGAGGGCGAUGCAUUCAAACGUAUGCAGAGCGGCAGGUUUUUAAACAGAGGUAUUUCUGUUCAGUCUUCCCUGUCCUGCCUGAUAUUAGUACUUGUGGGCGUAUGCAUGCCUUGUCAACAGGUUUCAAACAGUUUGCCCUUUGUUUGGCGGAAAUGACGGCAUUUGGAAUUAUGGCAAGAAUUACUCUUGCUGCCUUCAUAACAAGGGGUGGAAUUCAGUGUAGCUCUCAGUAUGCAUGGCGAACAAGGUUAACACAAACAACGGUCCUGAAAUCUGCUCAUGGACCACUGGCACACCCUCCCCCAAAACAAAUCUGCUCCAGAAUAUCUCACAAGCAUUUGGAGCACAUUUUGAGGGCAUGAGGUGGCGGGGAUGGAGUGGGGGGGCUGACUGCAGGCAGCAGGAAAGGAAGAGGGGGAACUUUAUUAUGUGCGCAGGCGCCUGUUAUGCGAAUGAUACUGCAGUGCUGGAUACACCCCCUACCUCUACAGCCAACCUUACUGCCCUUGGAGGGUUGGCAUAAUUAAGAUUAAUAAUUCAAAACGGUAGCCCUGCACAAUCAAUAUGUAUUCGUUAGACCUGUGGACAAAUAGCAUUAGAGAUGCUAAAAGCUGCUUAGUGUUGUCUUGCGAAAAUCACUUUAGAUUUCCAUCUUAUCAUGAUUCCAGAACUGACACAUAAAUGAUGCACUGUAAAAUAUGAUAUCAGACACUUGUGACCCUUUCUGUAGCUUGUGUUAAUAUUUAUUCACAACUUCUGGUUAAAUCUCUGGCUUCAAAUUGAGUCUAUAAUUUAUUUUUUACAAGAAUGACAUUAUGAUGUGCCCAGCAAUGGUGGUGUUUGUACUUUGUGUUCCACUGUGUAUGCUUACUCCUUUUGGAGUAAUUUCAUGGUUAAAUAACUUUUUUUGUACUUUUACUUGCAAAGCCUAGAGUAAGAGGCUUGUAAGAUUAUUUAUGUGAGCAGCUUCUGUAAUGUAAAUUUGUGAGUUGAAGGAACUAGCACCUGUUCUUAUUGUUAGCUGAGCUGAUAAAGUAACUACACUUUACAAACUGUAAAUAUAUAUGUAAUAUUUAAAAUUGACCAAGCAUGAUUUUCUAAAACCUAUGUGAACUGUGUUGAUUCUUAGAAGCUAUACACUAAACAAGAACAAUCUAGGGAACAUAGAAAUGAAAAGCUAAACUGACACAUCUGGCAAGUUUGCUUUUUCCUUUGCAAACAUUUGCCCUCCUUCAGCAGUCUUCUCACAGGCAACAGUUUUCUUUCUGGGCAAACCUACAAAGUAUCCAGUCAAAACUAGUAUUAGACUAGUUGGUCUACUCGUAACACACACAUUUCCCUUCCUCCUUGUCAUCUGAGCACUGAUGGCAGUGGUUUCCACAGUUGCAAUGAAGUGUUCUCUGGGGUAGACCUUGUUUUCUGGCACAAAACAUGGAGAAGACACCCCCUAAACCCUAUGGGACAGUAGGAUUUCACCUUAAACUAACUUUCUGUAAGAAUCUUUGAAUGUUUAUGGAGUGGUUAACUGAGCCAUAGGACUUGGAUUCCAUUUUUGUCUCACACAUUAUUUUAACAUCUGCAUGGCAAUGGUGUGAGGUUUUGCAUGACAGUCUCAUUAGUAGGCAGGUGGUACCUGAUUAUAGCUUACCUUCUCAAAUCCCAGUGAGGCAGUCAAAAUUCUUAAUGGGUGCUUAGAGUGAGUUAUGAGAUUGAGGAAGGUUGAUAAUCAGUUUGUUUAAGACAAGCAUGUUAAUUAUUAGUAAAUAUGGUAGUAGAUAGGAGAGCCUGCCCUGGGUAAGAUGCUGCUUGGAAAUGCUACCUGGGCCCACGUGAGCAGUGAUGAGUAGGAGUGCAUUUUUCAAGUUAUACAUGGGGCACUAGUUGUACCCUUUCCCAGGAAACAAAGACCUUGCCCUCAACAUGCAUGUAUUGGUAAACCUAGAUUUGAUUAGCAUAAUGGGAAAAUCCCAUUCCACUGUGUGGAAAGCUCAGUUUGUCCUGAGUGCAGCAGACCAAGCUAUUAAUAAGAAAUAGUAAGAAGAAACACAUUACAUCGGCCCUAAAAGAGCUACAUUUGGACUGGUUUGCUAAUUAAUUUGUGAUUAAUUUGUGGGCAGAUUUCAGAGAACUGGAACUGACUUUUAAAAGCCUAAAUGACUUGUUAUCUGAAGGAAGCCCUUCACAUCCAGUAUGAUCCAAUGAGGCUCUCUCUGCUAAGAAUGCCACAACUAUCUGAGGUAUAAACAGGGUGUGACUUAGACGACAGUCUUUUCAGUGGCAACUCUUGCCAGCUGUUACUAUUUUGAAGAGCAUUUGUUAAAGUUGCCUUUCUGAGUUGGGCUGAAAUUUAACCUCUGUGAACGAUUGGUUUUUAUGAUUCUGCACUGCUUUGUCAUUCAGUAUUUUUAUAUUGACUCAGGAUAUUUGGCUAGACCAGAGUACAUAAAAUAAAUGAAGGUCCUAAUUCUGGGGACAGUUGCACGACAAUGAGCCUUGUGGAACUCACUGGGAUUUAUCUUGGGGUGAACUCCCAUAUGCUUAGGCUGUAGUUUUAUCCUCUCAAGCAGCUGCAUGCAUUGUUUGUGGCAAGGCUUUGGUGCCACAAGCACAGUUCUGUUAACAAGUACGGUUUUGUCAAGGAAACAUAGGUAUGGGUCAUCUCCAGUGCAAGCAAGUGCAUGUAUUACUGCUCUAGCACACGCAUGGCAGCCAUUUCGAACUUUUUGAAAGACAGUAUCUUGACAUUCAGCUGUCCAUGGGUGGUACUGACCUAGCUCACCGUCUUUCCCUCAGCAUUCUUUGUGCCAAAUACACAUGCCAAAGCAACACAAACUUGGCACCUUGUUAGGCCUGUUGUCUUAUAUUUAUGCCAGUCACCUCACAUUUACUGUUGUUCAAACAAGAUGAAAAUAGUAAAAUAAAAAAAGUAUUAGAAAUAGGUUGUAACACCAAUUGUGUGUUAUUUUUCUUUAAAUAAAUUGCUUUCAUUGACCGUGAUAUAUGUGAAACUAUGACAAUCAAAGAAACUGAUCUAUAAAAUGUACAGGCUAUAAAGGUUGGCUAAAGUGCAAUUUUUUGUUUGAUAUUUAUUAAAAUUAAAUUACACAGUAAUUUUUUGUGCUCUGUUCUUGAACUAUCUGUGGUAGCCUUGGGUCUGGCAAGAGCCUCCAAAGACUUUCAGUUCUUAGCUGAUCAGCCAGAUGCAAUUCCCAUAAUUAUUUUUGGCAUAAGGUGCUGAGAUUUUCAUCCUGCCUCUCUCAGUUCCAUGCAGAGAAUGUUUCUUAAUGCAGGUGCACCCCACGUGGUGACAGCUGGUAUUUACCAUCAGACAGACAUGAAGGAUUGAGAAUUAACUGCAUCCAUCAAAUUAGAAACAUGCUAGUUCUUACAUGUUGCCAGAGAAUAACUAACAGCGGUCUGUACGUAGCUCACAUUUGUAAGAGAACCAAGCUUCAGGUGAAUUAUGAUAAUCUCUUGAUCUGCCUUUUUAACUUUUGCUUUCUCCCGGUAAUCUACUUCAAACUCCUGAUUAUGCAUCACAUGGGCAAAAUGGAUAAAAAGUCUUUCUUCUUUUCUUAUAACGCUGGAAACUGGAGCCAUCUAAUGAAGCUGAAUGUUGGAAGGUUCAGAGAAGACAAAAGAAAGCACCUUCACACAGUGCAUAGGCAAAUGAGUGAAUUUGCUGCCACAAGUUGUAGUGAUGGCCGCCAAUUUGUAUAGCUUUAAAAGAGGAAUCACUGCAGAUGGUGACAGCAGCCACAAAAUUAAAAGACGCUUGCUUCUUGGGAGAAAAGCAACGACAAACCUAGACAGCAUCUUAAAAAGCAGAGACGUCACCUUGCCAACAAAGGUCCGUAUAGUAAAAGCUAUGGUUUUCCCAGUAGUGAUGUAUGGAAGUGAGAGCUGGACCAUAAAGAAGGCUGAUCGCUGAAGAAUUGAUGCUUUUGAAUUAUGGUGCUGGAGGAGACUCUUCAUGGACUGUCCCAUGGACUGCAAGAAGAUCAAACCUAUCCAUUCUUAAGGAAAUCAGCCCUGAGUGCUCACUGGAAGGACAGAUCGUGAAGCUGAGGCUCCAAUACUUUGGCCACCUCAUGAGAGAGACUCCCUGGAAAAGACCCUGAUGUUGGGAAAGAUGGAGGGCACAAGGAGAAGGGGACGGCAGAGGAUGAGAUGGUUGGACAGUGUUCUCGAAGCUACAAACAUGAGUUUGACCAAACUGUGGGAGGCAGUGGAAGACAGAAGUGCCUGGUGUGCUCUGGUCCAUGGGGUCACGAAGAGUCGGACACAACUAAACGACUAAACAACAACAAAAGAGGAAUAAACUAAUUCAUGGGGGAUAAGGAUGUCAGUGGCUAUGUUCUGCCUCCAAAUAUCAGUUGCUGAGACUCACAAAUGCUUAUGAGAUUCUUAUAGGCCUCUAGCUUUUGGCAUGAUCCAGAAAGGCUCUUGUAUUCUUACCAGAUGAGGCAUCUUUUUCAGCCCGAGGGGCCACAUCUUCUAGGGCUCAAUGCAAAAAUUGACCAUGGCCACUCUACAUUUGCACAUUCUGCAUGCAAAGCUGAUGUUCUACCACUGAGCUAUGACUGUCCCUUCCUGGAGAACUAGGGAUGUGUGUGUGUUUGUGUGCGUGCAUGCAAUUGCCAGCUGUGAAGGGAGACAUGGGAAAACACUGCUUAUGAUGCAAUGUUCCAGAAAAGCUUACAUAAAGAUUGAAGAAAAAUAGAAGUUGCCCUGAUCUACCACAUUAUGUUAUUUAAUUUCAAGCACCAUUGCCACUGCCAAUCCCCAUACUGCUGGUUCCUGAUCACAGGCCUGUCCCUCUUGCAUACUGUAGCUAGCCAGUAGUAUUCAAUGUACAAAAAGCUACACUGAUGACAGCUUUACAGUACUUUAUUUCUCAGUGCUCACAGGUGUAAACAACCUAUUUCUUAAACACAAAAUACUCUCCAGUUGGUUGUCAAAAAGCACAAGGUUUUCACUAUGUCCACAAGCAUUUUUAAAAGGAAAGUGUUCAAACAUAAAUGGAAUUGCUCUUAACACAAAACUAUUUACAGAAAAUGUGUUUCACAAAAUACAGUUCAGGUUUAAAACAUACAAAAAACCGAUUUAUAGAAACGUUCAAAAAUCAAGCAAGUUUAAUUUAUUGCAUUUUUUUUUUAGGUUGA